GUUUCCGACUUUAUAGACUUUUACACAGAUGUGUAUAUAUUUUAGUGUGUAUAGCUAUAGUUAGAUACAAAGUGACCGAAAGGCAAGAGCAAGGAGCAGAAGCGCAGAGAAACACAAGAGAAAUUGGACUACCGUCUCAAGUUACCCCUCUUAUAUAUUAUUAUAUAUUCUUUAACUUGGAAAAUCAGCUACGGAAAAACCACCCCUUCGAGAAAUUUUCUCUAUAUAAAAUUUAGUGUAAUUUUCUUCUCUUAAUAAAUAUUUACCCACACACCCGGCGCUUGGUCCAGCAGCAGCAGCAGCAGCAUAGCAGAAGCCGAGAACACUCCUACCCUACCCCGGUUUCGAUCCGAAUACUGGUGCCGUUUUAGUUGCCUACAGUCGUUUCCCUCGUGUUGUUUGGUCGGUUAGAUACCAAGGAGUUAUCCUUACAUAUUAUCGUAGCUUCAGAGAAAGUCGUGCACCACAUCUAACUCGACUCUCUUACGGUUCGGACCUAAAAGCGUAUAUUUCUUAGAUCCUUGAACAAGGACGUCAAAAUCUACACCAAAAAUAAUAAUAAAAAAAAACCAAACCAAACCAAAACGGAUUCGAGUAUCGUGAUUAACUCAAAUAAAACUGCAUAACUCAAAAUCAAAUCAACAGUUUCGCGAGUAAAAUUAAACAACCAUCGCAAAAACAAAAAAUCGUGUUGAUUCCAGAAGCUCAGUUAAACAGAAAAACAACAUCAACAGCUCAAUCUGCACUCAGCCUCACAGAAGCGUGAAGCACAAUUCAGGAGAGAUGGAACCAGACCGUGUUUAAAAUCUAUCGCUGAAUAAAAAAAAAAGAGCGAGGAUUAAGUGGUUCGAAAAAAAAGUGUUGCGCGCGAAAUAACAACAACGUAUAAGAAGUAUAUAUCAUGGCCACCGAUCGACAGCUAGAGUUGGCCACAACAGGUCUGCUGAAUGCAAUGGAUACAACCACCGGCCCACGACAGCCCAUCGCCGUGGCCGAACCUCGCGGAUCAUUGUUCCCGCCACGCAAAAUGGUGUUCUUGCUUUGAACCAGUUCUUUAGUUGGAUUUUUGUUUCACUAAAUAAUACAACAAACAAAACAAACAACCAAAUAACAAACGACUAUAUCUAGUGUGUGUGAAAUGUUCUCCAGGAAAACAUUCGAAUAUAUAAUAGACCAUCUUGUUUCAUUAACGAAGAACGCGACAAGAGCGAACAGUUUAAUAUAUAUAACUAAAUAAAUAGUUGCAAACACGCGUGUGUGUUUUUGGGCAUACGAUGCUGACAGAAUCCAGAACCAAACGCCAGGAUGAGAAAAGUACGCAAACUGGUCAAAUUGUUGCAAAACGUCAUCCGAAAGAAAUGAGUGAAAAAUUAUGUGAAACAGCAAAAUGGUCGGACAACUACAAUGACGAUUGAUGGCCUCUGGGUGCCAAAUCGUUAAGAAAUAGAAGUUAAUGCAAAUAGUUAAACGUAAAGGUAAAAAUAAAAACAUAAAUGAAAAGCAACAUUUUACUCCCCCCGAAAGACAACACAAGAAAUACGAUGCAUCACCGCAUCGUGGCAGUGUUACACCCCGACGUUUAGUUUCUCGCAUUUUUUACUACUGCAAAAAAAAAACCACGACCAAAACCAACAACAGAAGAACAAGUGAGAGUGAAAAAUUUGCAACAGUCGAAGAAAAGUCUGAGUGAAAUAUAUACUAUCAAGUUUGAGCUAAAAACGAACAGCUACUGAGGAAGACAUACAGAUUAAAAAGAUAAACCCAAUUUGAAAGAGAAAUCUCGAAAAAAAAAAUUACAAACAAAAGUGCAGUAAAAACAUUCUAACAGUGAAACUGAUUAAGACAACCGAAAUGUGCGAGAAAAGACUCAAUGUAGACUAAAGCCCCGACGAACGCUAAAACUAAAGGAAUUACCCUUGUGGAAACGGGGAAAUUCGCCGCAACGCCGGAUGACAAAUGAUUCUAAGUUUACCCGGACUUGACAAACAAGAAAAACGCAAAAUCGAGAAGAGGCAGAAGCAAACCGAAACAAUAGUGAAGCAAGUGUGUGUGUAUGUGCAAAGAAGAACAGGAAUACUCGGCCCCAUCGGAAAAAAAAGAAAAACAAACAAACUCCGAUACAGAGUAUAAGAGUGUGUGCGGCGGAAAUAAAAACUAGAGGAAAAUAAUUCACAAACAGAAAGUGAAAGUGACCCUCGCAAAAGUGAAAGUGGAAAAAAACCUGAAGAAGACAGAGAGUACGAAAUACGAAACAAUCGCACAGUGAGUGUGUAUAGAAAACGAAGCGAGAAAAAAAAAUCUUGAAACCACCCCCGAUACCUCCACGAACAACACCGAUUCAACCUUUACCCGAAGCUUACCACAAACGCCAGGUCCAUGCGAUGGAAGGGGAAACCUAAGGCCGUGUUAAGAGAGGGGUAUUGUACGGAAUUGUUGGAAGGGGCACUCUUUUGUCGUCGUCACUGCCGUCGUCGUCGUCAACAUUCAAGUCGUAUGUACCGCCAACGUGGUUCUUGGUAUUGUAGUAGAAAGACUAGAAGCGGUGAACAGCAACCAUACCAGCAACGACAAGACCGGGUACAGCCGAAACAGUGGAGAGGGGAGAGUUUCUCCCACCGCGCGCUGGUCCGUGGGCCAAUAACGCUGUUUGCCACUUAUGAUGUCAUCAGAGGAGGACACUGAUUCUUUCGGUUUAUACGUCGAUAAGUUGCUGAAGAAAAACAAACGAGCCAGACAGCGCGUAGACGCGGGCGAGCCAAGAAAUAGUUAUUCUUCGAUACCGAACUUUAGUUCGAGACCGUCCUUCAUGAGCGGUGGUCUAUACGGGGCUAUUUUUAGCCAAAGCCAGCAGCAUUUCGGCGGACUUUUCGGUCCCGGUGGAUACGGACCAGCCAACAAGAUGCUCAAUGAGCUGUUGGGUAGACAAGUGAAGCAAGCACAGGACGCCAGUGAUCCGGACAGUAUAAUGCUAUCGUCGAUCGAAGCAGCCAAUGCAGCGGACAGCAAUACCCCAACGAGUAAACAUGGAUUCGAGAGUACGACAAAUCUGAACAACAACAACAACAACAACAACAACAACAACAGCAGCACUAACAACAAUAAUAACAACAAUUCGCCCACAUCAGACGGAUCUGCAAUGAUGGGCCGAAGAAGUAGUAACAGUAACAACACUGCCAACAGUGGCAACCAAAACAGUAACAGCAGCGGUGGUGUUAUAGACCUUGACGGUGGUUCUAGAACACCACAGCCGAACGAUUUGGCGCAUCAUAUGUUGCGCAACAUUCUCCAGGGCAAGAAGGAACUGAUGGCCCUCGAUCACGAACUGCGAACGGUGAGCAACCAGAGCAGUGCACUCGGCGACAGGAUAUCGCCGGAUAACAACAAUGUGAUCGGUAAAAACAAUAACAUUUACGACAUCAAGUGUGAAACAGUGAACGGUGGUGAUAUUAGUGACUCUAGUGAGCCCGGUGCUAACAACAACAGUGCGUCUACCAAAGCUAAUCAGAAGAACAGUGCAACCAAUCAUCAAACCAAUAGCAGUGAUAUCAAUCAACCAAAUAGGCCAAUUUCUCUCGAUUCGAACCACAGCAAUUGUGAUGAUAUGCUAGCCUCAGAGCUGGCCCACAAGGACCGGCUGCUGAAUGGGGGCGGAAGCACCGGUGGCCGAUGUGCCAGUGUGAACCCAAAGCAGGAAAAGAGUGAUGUGAUUGACGAGUUAGUGGCGUCACUUCCGGAGGAAACGGACGAAACUAUGCCAUCGCCUGCCUCGGGCGGCAAUGGGGUGCUAAUUACCAAACAAGAGCUAGACAUCGAGGACUGUCUGGAGGACAAGGAUCGGGACGACCGGACGCCAAGUCCUGUCCAGAGUAAGAACGAUUCGGAAUCGUUAACCUUGAAGCGAGCGCGAGUGGAAAACAUAGUUUCGUCGAUGCGAGCAAGUCCUGCGCUGCUCUCCUCCCAGCCCGGACAAGUCAACGGGUGUAAGAAACGUAAGCUGUACCACCCACAGCAACAUGAUAACAGUGCGGCUGAGCGGUAUGCUGCUGCUGCCGCUGCCGGACUAAAUCUCGGACUGACGCUGCAAAACUUCAUGCUGGGAGCCAGCGCUGAUGCAGAUGAUGACGAUGAUGAGAUGGAGGUCACUCCACAUAUCCACCAGAAGCGUGUUGAGAAAGACGUACUUAAGUCUCAACUGCGAUCGAUGCAGGAGCAACUGGCUGAGAUGCAGCAGAAAUAUGUGCAAUUAUGUUCACGAAUGGAGCAGCAGUCGGACACCCAGGAGGUGGAUGACAGCGCCAGUGACAUCAUGGAAGACGAUUCGAAUCCAGACCUCACGCCGGAGAAAUCGCUCAUGCAAAGUUCGCCGGCGUCAACCCCAAUCAAGGAUGUUGGGAAAAAUACCGAUGCAUCUAGUAUGCUGCAGAUGAUGAGCAAAAUGAUGUCCGCGAAACUGCACAGUCAGCUCCCCACGCAUCCUCACCUGCAGGCGGGCUUCAACGGAACGCAUCUCUUUCUGCAACAUAUGCAGCAGGCGGGUCUCCCACACGACGGUAUGAGUCAGCACAAUCAGAUGAGCAAUGCCGCAAUGUACCAAAAAUUGCUCAUGGAACAGGAGGCACGAAUGGUGAAAGAAGUUGCCGAACAGCAGGAAAGAACGCUGCAAAAUUCCAACCAGCAGUUCCAGCAGCAGCAAACUCUGCAACAGCAACAAAUGCAGCAGCAGCAAGAGAGAAACCUCCAAAACAGCAGUCAGCAGAUGAUGCAGCAGCAAGCACAGCAGCAAAACCAACAAUCCCAACCGCAGUUGCAAUCACCCCCGCUUCAGUCGAGUCAGUCGCAGCAACAGCAACAACAGCAGCAUCAACAGCAGCACCAUCAGCAACAACAACAGCAAAUGCAGCUACAACAGCAGCAGCAGCAGCAACAACAACAACAGCAGCAACAACAAAUGCAGCCUCAACAGCCUUCUUCUCAACCCAGUCAUAUUUCACCUCCACAAAUGUCCCAGUUACCGCAUCUGCCGCAAAUCCCAAAGGGUUCAUCCAUACCAUCGGAUCUAACCAGUCGGCUCAACCUGAUGCGAUCCACUGGCAGCUCUGUGGGACCAAUGUCCGGUUCUGACCUCGAAGGACUGGCCGAUGUGCUGAAAACGGAAAUCACUGCCUCGCUCUCAAAUUUGGUGGAUUCGAUCGUGACGAGGUUCGUUCACCAGCGGCGCUUCCUGGGGAAACAAUCGGAAGCCGCGGCGGCAGCAGCCGAACAGCUCAACAAGGACCUGCUGAUGGCAUCGCAGCUUUUGGAUCGCUCGAAAUCACCGCGAACGAAGGUUAGCUCGGACCGCGGACCAGGCGUUGGCAGCACCGGUAGCAAUCAAUCAGGUAAUGGACCAAUGCUUAAUUCUAAUCUCAACAGUGCGUCGAAUCCGAACUCCGUGAACCAGCCUCCUGCCGGGAAUCCCAUGAUGACCGCGCAGCAGAGUACCGGGCCACGUUUAAAUGGAACCGCUUUCCCACCCAUGGGAAUGCCUAUGCAUGUGAACAACACGCCCACGCACGAUCCGAAAAAUAUGAAUAACAUGAACCAGAUGAAUAUGCCACCUCAUGUUCGACCUUCUCCCUCUACAGCUAUGUUCCAAACGCCGAAGCCACCCCAGAACCUGAACUCCGUGGCAGCCGCAGCACUGUACAACUCGAUGAGUGCCCUCGGGAGCAGCCAGGUGAACCCGUUCUGUAUGCCCGAACCCCGAGAGAACCCAGAACAGGCCGAAGCACUGAGCCUAGUCGUGACACCGAAGAAAAAACGCCACAAGGUGACUGACACUCGAAUUACGCCACGAACCGUGAGCAGGAUUCUUGCCCAGGAUGGAAUUAUUCCCUCCGCCAACGCGAUACAGGUAGAUCAAAACAACAGCAAUCAAGGUAUCAACGGUAGCAGCAAUAACAACAGCCUGAGCAACAGCAUCAUCGGUGGCAACAGCAACAACAACAACAACAAUAACAACAUCAGCAGCAAUAAGAACGCCAACCAGCAGCAGUUCAACAGUCAACCUCCGAGCGUGCAAACCAACACCCCGAACGAGAGCCCUUCUCCACGGGGUUCGUUCCACCCGCCACCCCCUUCGAUGCUGCCCGUGUCGUUGCCGACGUCAGUUGCGAUACCAAAUCCUUCCCUGCACGAGUCCCAGGUGUUCUCGCCCUACAGCCCCUUCUUCAACCCGCACGGCCCCCCACACGGUGGUCCUCACGGACCACAGCCUUCGCAAUUCCACCCCAUGAAGGUGUCUUCUAGCCCACCCGGCAUCAACGGUAUGAUGGACUCGCGAGAUUCCCCUCCGCUACCGCAUCCGCCCACGAUGCUUCAUCCGGCACUGCUGGCAGCUGCCCACCACGGAAACUCACCCGACUACGGACACAUCCGUGCCUCGAUGGACGUGAACGAUCGCAACUCGGACUGCAACUCAGCCGACAUCUCGUACAACGGCAUGGAGCCUACUUCGUCAACAUUAACCCCGAUGCAUCUGCGCAAGGCGAAACUGAUGUUCUUCUGGGUGCGCUACCCGAGCUCGGCCGUCCUCAAGAUGUACUUCCCGGACAUCAAGUUCAACAAGAACAACACCGCCCAGCUGGUCAAGUGGUUCUCCAACUUCAGGGAAUUCUAUUACAUUCAGAUGGAGAAGUACGCCCGGCAGGCGGUCAGCGAGGGAAUGAAGAACGUGGACGACAUCCACGUGGGUAACGACAGCGAAAUCUACCGUGUUCUCAAUCUGCACUACAAUCGGAACAACCACAUCGAGGUGCCCCAAAAUUUCCGAUACGUUGUUGAGCAGACGCUGCGUGAGUUCUUCCGCGCGAUACAGGGCGGCAAGGAUACCGAACAGUCGUGGAAGAAAUCGAUUUACAAAAUCAUCUCCAGAAUGGAUGAUCCCGUGCCGGAAUAUUUCAAAUCCCCCAACUUUCUCGAACAGUUGGAGUAAGAGGCACACCACAGUAACCGCACCGCAAACAACAGAAACCGAGACAGCAGCUGCCAACACCCAGCAAACACCUGCAGAGAAAAAAAACACACCGAACAAGUAACCAAAAGAUUCCGAGAAACCAAAACCAAACUAAAUAAUUAAUUAAAAAAGAUAAACAAAAAGUUACUUUAUUAAUUAUAAAUUUAAAGCAAAUUAUACAAAAUUGUUAUCUAAACAAAUUUAAAGCGAAAAGAAAUUUAAUUUAGAGAUGAAAGUAACGCAAGGUAUAAAUAUAUUGUUUAAAAACAAAAACGAAAACACAAAAACAAAAAAGGCUAACAAGCGAAGCAAACAUAACAAAACAAGUAAGAAGUAACAACAUUUGUGGUUCCUAUAAUGUAGUGUGCUUACGUCCAAGAAACAAAGCAACUGCAGUAGAAAGUAAACAAAACAGCAGUGAAGAAAUCAAGAAACAAAACAAACAAACAAACAAAAAAAACAAGUACUUAUAGACGAUAUACUCGCGUUUAGGCCUUCAUUUCCGAAAUUAUAAGAACACAAAAUCACUCUCAGCAGCAACAGCAACAGCAACAAAAUUUUAUUCGACGAAAAUUCAGCCAUAUAGCAAAAAAAAACAAGUGAAGUCACGAGUAGAUUUAACGGGCGAAGAAGAAACCGGAAACCUCAAAAUUUAAGCUAAUGUGAAAACAAAAAAACUAAAUUUAAUCCAAAUGUUUGACAUUUAAAAGAAGAAGAAAAAAACAAACCUCAAAAGCGAAGACAAGCGGAGAUUAUCAUCAACUCGUGGAACAAGUUAUGGAUCACCCAUUCGACGACGUUAUUAUGGAGACAGGGAUGGAAUGUAUGACGGGGAACAUAUAAGAGGGGAAAGACAACACCAAGUGAGAGCAUGCUGCAGUGAUUGCGUAAGACGUGCAUUUUAAGGAAGUAAACUGUAUUGCAACUGACAAAAGAAAAAAGAAAAGUUUUCGAAAACAAUCAAGUACCGUAGAAGUUUAAGACGAUGAGCGUUCGGAAAAAAAACCUUGUGAAAAUGGAUAAAAAUAUUGUAAUUACUAAAGUUUUCCGCUUCCGUCAUGUCCACAUGUCCAAGCGGAAUGAAAAACUGUUAUUUAUCCUUUUUCGUCGUGAACUGAUUAGUUUGUAUGCCUUCGGUUCUAUCUUUCCACCUUAGUUGCACCUUAAAAAAAAACGUUAGGUCACAUAGCAUGUGUAUACUUAUUUAAUCGAACAAAAAUUCAAGAAAGUAUAAAAACUUUGGAAACGAGGCGAACCUAGCUUUAGAUUAAAAAAACUAAAUUUGUAAUAGGGGCGGUCUCUUUCCCGAACAGCAAUGCACCAAAGGGACAGCAUUUUGUCACGACACCGCUCUGGUUUGUUACGCAGAUUGCGAUGCCGGCUAAUAGGUUAACUAAGGAAUUUGUUUAUCUUGUAUAUACUAUCACUAUUUAUUAUUUCCAGAUGUAAUAAAUUAUUGUUUAUUUUUAUUGUACAAAAUUAUUAUCUAAAUUCUAAAAGAAAAAAAAACUAUGAAAAGAAACAAAAAGAAAGUUACUCGACUUAGAGCGAAGUUGAACUGUUUAGGUAGCUAAAUUUGUUUUCGUUUUCGGUACACUAUUUUGGCGACGUUAGGAAAAAAAAAUUAAGAAAGUAUGAAGCUUUCGAAUGUUUGGAUGCUUUUUUGAUGUGACGAAUUUCGGCCUCGAUGCGAUGGUGAGAAAAACAUGUUCCUCGCCGGGCAUUGCAGCUGCGUAACAUGGCUGGUGAAAUGGUGACCCUUUUGGCUGCGGAUCCGGGGAGAUAUGUACACGCAUUCAGAACUAGCAAUGCGUUGUUGAAACCACCAAAACUGUUUCGGUAAAGACAAAACAAAUUGUAGAUAGCUAUGUCUGUGAACAGCAAUCUGUUUCUAAUCUGAACCCAAAAAAAAUACCCACACUAAGACGUAUAAAUUGAAUAUGAGGUAACUAUUUGAAGAAAACAACUCUAAAAUUGUACAUUUUUGACGUGCUAAAGUCUUUCAGCCUGUCCUUGCGGUAGGCUGUCCCAUUCCGAUAAUGUUAGGGUGGUAUUGUUUAGCCAAUAAGUAACUAUGAUUAUUUCCACCAAUUAUUUGCGGGCGCAUUUUUCUCCCGGUUCCACCAUUUAUGAGAAUGAGUGAAAUUGAAGCCUCGGCCGGCGGAGAAUCUUUCGGAAUUUAGCACACACGCAUCAUAAAUUUUAGGCAAAUUUUCCACUGUAAAAAUACAAGCAAUAGAACUAGAUGUAUAUCGAAUGUUGGCGAAGAUUGCGUCCGCGCGGCGCGCAGGACAACGUUUCACUUCCUCUGGAGGUGGUCGGAGCCUUGAUUUGUGUGCGCCCGAGGAGAUUUAAAUUAUACCAAAGUCAAUCAAAGUCAAACCUUUUCGAGGUGUAUUUAUUUCGCCCUCGAUUCGCAGACUCCUUACGAUAUCCUUUCGUUGACGCUAGGCAAAGGAGUGGGAAAUCGUUAUGAGGACUGUAUCAUUUUUCAGUGGCGAAAUUAUUAUCUGCUCACAAUGAAAAAAAAACUGAAGAAGACAUUAUCAGGUAUGCGCGGGAUGUAUUCUUUAAAAGUUAGAACGAGUUGUAAGGUACCUGGUAGUAAGUGGUAGCAAGCCAGUCUACCGCAAAGUUUGUUUGUAUUGCACUAGAGAAGCUUAGCAGGAUGAUAGAGUGAACCAAAUUAUACAUUUAAAAAUGUUUUAUGGUGAGUUUCCUAGUCUUAUGUAAUUUAGUUUAACGCGUCUGGAAAGAAAAAAAGACAUGCUGCGGUAAGAAAUUCUAUUCAAUCUAAAACAUUUUCUAAAUGGUUCAAUCAGUACUGUUUUAAAAUUGAAAUUUUGUGUAAAAAUUAGCGAGUAAUUUAUUGGUAAGAACUUAUUUGGAGAGACGGACAUGUAUAAUGAUUUAUUUAAUGGAAAAGAAGCAAGAUCAGAUGAUUAGUUAUUUUUGUAACUGAAUUAUAAAUAUCUAUUAUUAUUGACACUAAUGGAAAAUGUACAAAAAAUAAUAAAAUUUAAUCGUAUGAAAAGUUAUCCAUCAAAAUUUGUAUGAUUUCCGAAAUCUAAUUGGCAAAACUUAUUCGGCCGUUUCGUUCGUUAACAAAUUGAUUCUGUUAGUUCUGAAAACCCGUUCUGUUGACAUUUUGUGUUCGCUCUAAACCAUAACAAAAACCACAAAAAAAAACUUAUAGUAUAUUUAUAUCAUGCCUUCAAAAUUUUAAACGACAAUGUAACUGAAAUUGUGAUAUUAAAAUAUAGAUCCCCGCCGAUCGGAGUCCGGAGAUAAAACCCGUCGCCAGCUCCUUCCGAUGGGAACACUACCCGGUGAAAUCGGAAUUGGUGGACGCAGCAAGCGUCCACUCUGAGGUUCCUAUAGGUUAAGCAAAGUACCCCCGCCAUCUGUGUGUGCGAUUCCGGCCCCGGGAGGGAUGCGCUCGCGGAAUGCGGCCAUUCCCUCCCAGUGCCGGUAGUGCGUCAAACAGGGGGUCUUUCCGCCAUUGGGUUCCCCAACGGCGGUUGGAGUUUGAAUGCCCGGGCUCCGACGACAACGACUCGAGCGGGAAUAGUAAAAAAUUAAGGAAAAUUAAACUUUCGACAUGACAACAUUUUUGGAUACUUUAAGGCAAACUUCGAAACAACAUUUUGGGCGAUUGACAUGCUUGAUAUUAUGUGUUUCGGUGGUUUAUGUAAAAAAAAACAAAUCUCUUUCGGCAUAACUGAGCAAGGCAAAUAUGGUUUUCAUUGUGGUUUAAUAUACUUUGUUAUCAUUUAGUGAGAUCCUACACAGCGCUCAGUAUUUGCGGCGCACAAACUCAAUCCACGCGGCCUUGGAGGUCUGUGUGGCUCCGUUACGCAAGGGCAACCUGCCACAUCCGCUUUCGAAACACAACCGACGCCUCCGGAAGCCGUUCCGCAGCGCUUCGAGACCCAGUGACCUCCAGCACACACAUCAAACAAACACAGCAGCAUAAAUGAAAAUAGAUAAGGCAUUAGUUUAUAAGCAACUCUCAACAUACAGAAAAUACAAUAUAAAUGGUAGUGUUACAUUAUAUUUCAUUAUUCAAGCCAAGAUAUAUCUUACUCUUAUAAUCAGUGUGUUUUAAACAAUAGUAUUGCAAGCAAACAAACAAUAGCCUACUCUCAUCGUAAACAAUAAUCAACCAAUAGUAAAGCAGAAUUUGAAUUAUACCACAACUGAGUCACCGGGUCCGAAGGAGCACACUUAUUUUGGACGCUGCGCUACGGAUCAAACCCAUGCGUUCAGCCAAAUUUCGCCAGAGUUGGCGAGAGAUUUGAACACAGACACCCCAACGUUUCCAAUCCCAAAAGCAGUAAGGUCUACACCUACACCUGCGCACCAAAGUCCAACACGGCAGGGCUUAUCAAUUGCGGGGGGCUUACGAGGACUCUCCGCUAGAAGUGGCACACCCUGCUGCAGGGUACAGCCGGUGUCCAGCUCCAUCGGGACUCUCGCUCGCUGACCGCUCAACACUGAUGUGCCCGUAGACGGAAGAGACGAUCCGCGCGCCAUCAAUGCUGGCUGGCUAAGGCAGAAGUUGUGGAAUUCUGUGGUUUUGCGCGAUUUUCAUCACGGUCCAUAACUUUCUAAUCCCAAAUAUUACCAUCCUGGGGCGCCAUCUCGGUGCCGUUGGACCACAUGCCGGGUGCCCGCUAGAGUGACCGUCCUCGACCUUCCCCCCUAACGAAGCCCCCAGACUGUCGUACUUUGAAGCAAUCCGUGUGUAUACAGUAGACCUUUGCAGGAAACGUUCUUGAAGCGGUCCGCCCGGCCUCCCCCAUCACUAGAAACGAGUGCGCCCGUUUCAGUCAUGCGCGGUGAACAUCGCCGGAGAUGAGAUCGAUUCGGAGUAGCGGUAUUUGCGAGAACCGAGGUUUUUUUUCCGGUGGCACUGAGUGGACUGACCAUGAUGCACUUGCGUAAACGGAGGGAACCUCACGGUCACGGUCGUGGAUUGAUGCUGUGCUGCACUGAUUAAGCGAUGUGGAUUCGGAUUCAUUAUUAACAUCCAAAAACGUAUUUUUUGUUGUGUAACAAAUAUUUUUUUUAGUAUUAUAAACCUGCAUGAAUUUACUCCUAAUUGGCGAAAUUAUCCUCUCAAUUGGCGAAAUUAUCAAUGAUAGGUAAGUGUCCGGAAGAUUUGUAUUACAUUCAUAUAAACAUAUAAACAGUAUAUUUUCAAAUUCAUUCCUCUCGCAAAAAUUCCAGCAGCAGCUAAUUAUUGUGUUACUUUGGAAUAAACAAAAACUCAUCAUUUGUUUUUUGUACAACCCUGUUACGGUCACGAAAGCGAACACGCGAAGCGUAACGCAUGCUAACGCAGUCAGGCACCGAAGCGCUGUGCAAACGUUGGCAUAACUUCAGGAGAACACAACGUAACAUUUCGAAUGGUCGGAAACCCUUAUGUAUAUUUGGGGAAAAAACAAAAUUACAAUAGUUAUGAUGAAAAGAUGAAAUAAAAACAAUUUCACCUACAGUCUUCGGUCCGACGGUUUGCGUUAGGAUGGUUUGAUAUUAUGAUAAUAAGAUACAAGAAGAGCAGAUAUUUUAACAGACGGCUGACGGCCACAAAUCCUUACUCGAGUUCAAUUACGACAGAGGCGGAAAGCCGCCCGCGAUGAGCUAUUUUUAUUUGAGCAGCUGUAUACAGAAAAAAAAUAUGUGAAACUACCCACAAAUUGAAACGACAAUGUAUUAAAGAAUAUACUUAAAACCAAUAAGAAAAAAAAAACAAACGGAAGCACCCAUAAUGUACACACCAAAUACAGAUACAAACAAAAUGAUUUGCAGAUGAAGCUAACGCGCUUAUGAUAUAGUUUUCAAUGUUAGUUUCCAAUACGCCAGCGCGGGUACAAAUCCGCCAUGGGUUUCGAUCCUGACCCGAGCUUUGAAUUGAGACAACAAUAGAAUGGAACUUUACUUAAUAUUUCAAACCAUGAACGGUAUCGUUUUUCUUUGAAUGUCACCGAUUGACAUUUGUUUACCGCCGAUACGCUUCCACUUGGAACCACUUUAAACCAGGUGAAACGAAAACAAGCACCUGUGAAAUCUUUGCAAGGCCCAGUCGGAAGUAAUUUUAUCUUGAUAGAGUCAUCCUCGGUUGCAACAUUCGCACGGUGUCUCGAGAGGGCACCCAUCCAAUUUUCACCAUCGAUAGUCGAUCGAUCGAAACCUGUGGCGCCAACGUUGUGCGAUUUUUGUUAGCUUUGGAAACCUCUCUGGUUGAAAAAAAAAAGAAUAUUGUAAUAAUUUACAGAGAUCGUAAUCAGUCAAAACAAACAUGCAAAAAAAAAAUGAAAUGUCGCUCAAUAGAAUUCAAUCGAAUCAAAAAGCAAACGCAAUACAGUUUACAAUUUCUAAGCAGAAGCAACAGUGAGAACACAAUUCCAUCAAUAGAACUAAAUACACUAUAAUAGGCAGAUACCAAACCACAAAGAAGAUCAAAGAGAAAGAACAAUUUAUUGAUAAAAUGACUUCUUUUUGAACAGUUUUAGAACCACUUUGGAGAAAUGUUUGGCGUCACAAGUUACAAACUUAUUUUCGUAUGAUAAACAAUCGUUGGAAGAAACCAUAUUUGGGUUGUAAUAGUAUUAAUGAUUAUUAUUAUCGGGAUUAGAAAAAAACAUCAAUUUGAGAACAUAUGCAACGGCAUUUUUCAGCAUAAAAUAUUACCGAACAGAACGAACACAUCCAACACAAUAGGAUCGCAGAAUGAGGCACAUUCUGCUAAGCAGCAAAACUGGACUAGACUAACGGAAAUACACCCCGUGAAAACCACACUCAGGGAAUAAUGCUCUAACCAUUCGAGAUCUUCAUAUACCACCGAACCGAUGUUUUAAUUUUGACAGAUUCAACCAGUGAAAAUAAAUACUAACCUUUCAUUAUCAUAACAAACUCAAAUUCAAUUAAAUAGCCGAAAUAAAACAUAUAUAACCAGUAUUUGUAUUUACAGUAAAACACAAGAAACAUUGUAUAAAGACAAGCUAACUUCCCCUAACCGCCAAUUCUAUAAGCAGAUAGAUGAAAACGAGAGAUAAAAAGCCCCACUCAACUCUACACAAACCCACGACGUUCGUAAUUGUUGAAAAUCAAUCACUGUUGAACCCCUGCCUACAGCAGGGCAGACAAACGCAAGAGGAAAAUUUCAUGAAAUCUCGCAAAUCAAUAAAUGAAAACUUUUUUCUAACUUUCUAGCAGGGAGAAGCAGCAGCGAAAGCGCUACGAAAACUGUCAGGUUGACGUACGCAAAUACCAAGCAAACGAACAACAACAGCAAACAAAAAAAAAACCGAACUAACUGCGACAUAUAAAUCGACCAUCACAUCAGCAGCAGUCACAUCAAACGGCAGAAAGUUGGAAAAGUGGAAGAAGUCUUUCAGUUUCGAUCAGUUUUUAACGUUUAAGUUCAAAAGUGAAAAAUUGCAAGCAGCAUCCCAAUGCGAAGCGCAAAUUGGCGAAGAGCUGCUUGAUUUUCCGAAAAGGGCAGAGAGUUAGACCAGCAAAUGUGCAAAAACCAAACGAAGAGAUCACCACGAAACAGAAUAGAAAAAUUAAUGCACGAAUGAAGUACGCCAAAUUUAAUACAGUUAAUGAAAUCCAAAACAAAAAAUGGAAUAUUCAGAAUCGUAGAAAAUUUCAAUCGGCAAAGGACUGACAAUUGGACAAGCAUCACGCAAAAAAUAAACCAACAAACGAUUGUUUGUUUACAAUAUGACAACGAAAUGCAUUGGAAAUCCACUGACAAAAUUGUACAAUGUGAGCACCGGAAAACAAAUCUAUUUCAUUGCAAAUUGGCCUUCCGAACGUUAGCAAAAUCAAUACAAAAUUUGAUCAUGAUCUUUACCGAUGUUUGGCGCAUUCAUCACGGCAUUUGAACUCUCAACGAUAGAGCUAUAUGAAAAAUUUGGUGAGAAAUUUAGAGGACAAAAACAGUUGAAUUAAUAUUCAAGUAAAUAAAAUGCUAUAAAAAAUACAAAAAAAAACAAAAAAAAAAUCUGUAUAAAUUUUUCAAAGUAUUCAAAAUGAUAUUUUAAUUAUUCGAAAUAUGGAUGAUUUAUCAAUUACCUUCUAUUUUACCGUUCUAAUAUGUAAGUUGAAAAUUGAAAAAAAAAAUUAUCAGAUAAAAAUUGUAAUAUUAAAAAUCUCCGCGACCCGGUAAUCGCUGACAAUGAACUGAGAUGUCACAACGUGCAAACCGGCACGGUGUCCUCCUUGAGGGGAGCGGAAACCAGCAUUUUGCUUCUGACCCACCCAUUUCCGGUUCACGCGCUAGUAGGGACGCCUGGUUACCCGUAAUCGCUUGGGACCGGCCCCUAGCGGCUGUGACGUAUGGAAAUAAUGCUGGGAGGUAUAACUGCUGUGGGGUUCGUUCUCUGGACGCCUGCAAACGGAGCAAGUUCGCUGCUUUCAUAUUCAGCAAUCGGAGUGUCGAUGUGUCAGCGAUUGGUGGGCUCGAAAACUCAUACACAUACACAUUUAAUGAAGACAACAAAAAAGAUACAUUUAAAUACAAUUUCAAAUUGAAACCAAAUAAAAAUCUGAUCACAAAAAUUAACGCAAAGAACGAAGAGCAAAUUCAAAAGAGAACAAAAAAACGAAAUCAAUCGUUUCUUGAACACACAAAGAAAACUUGGAACCGAAAGGUUACUUUUGUUUCAAAGGAAGUGUUACGUAGGAGAAGAAAAAAAACACUUGAGGAAAAUCGUUUGGCAAAUCACUUUUCAAACAGUCUGGCUAUAAGUAAUGGAAUAAAACAAUACAAAAACAACACAGUCAAGAACAUCCUGAAAAUUGAGAUUUCAGCUCGGCAAAGCUAGCGAUCUCGACUCGAAAAUAUAAACAAAACCAAAACAAACAAAAAGAAAGCAAAAAUAUUUCUGUUUAGUUGAAAGACAGGAUAAACCGGAUCAAUGUGUAACAUCAAGAUUUUUCUUUUGUUUCUUCAUAUUUAUUUUCACUUCAAACAGUGCAUACAAACAAUCAUUUCGUGUCGAAUGUGGUAAACCAUCACUAUCAUUUGAACGGAUGUUUUGUUCAUAUCAAACUGUCUUUUCUUUGGCAGAAUCAAUGUCAUUUUGAGUUAUCUGAACGCUAUGAUUGGAAGUUCUUACAGAUAACAGUUUCCGUUCAUCUACAAUAGAAUUUUAUACAGAUUGCUGAGCAGAUUCGUGUCGGUUCCGUAAAUCAAAAUUCUGGCUCGAAACAAACUCAUCACAAGCAUGUUCAGUGUAAAAAUUGAAUAAUUUGGCAGACGAAAAAUGCAUCGGCGAAUCUGCUCAGAGUAUAUAAAAUACACUGGAAUAAUUUCUCAUCGUUAAACGAACAGCAAAUUUUUCAUUUCCAGUUGAGUAACCAUCCUUAGUUUUAGCAAAACGAAAGUGUAUGAAAAAAUAAACCUAAUAAUUACCAGUCACACAUUGGAAAUUUUUCAGAAAUUUCACAGUGUUUACAAACAAUGCGAAUAUAAACCAAUUCUUACUCAAAAACGCCGCAAAAUUCCAAAUUUGUUGACAACAUCAAGCAAAUUUCAGCGACAUAGCAAAUAGUUAUGAAAAUAACCAUCAAAUCUUAUCACGGAAGGAAUGAAGUAUACCAACAUCAGAAGGUCAGACAGACACUGGCAACAUCUGGAAAAGGAAAAUAACAUAACAGUAAAACUAACAAAUUUUCACUCCUAUUUUUUGCAAUAGUAAAAAAUAUAUUCUCAUUCAACUCGCAGCACCCUUCAGCUGCAGCUACUGGAUGGUAAUAUAUUGAACAAAGUUUUUAGUUUGCAAUAGAAACCGGAAAAUUACGGCUAGACCUAUCGGACAUCUCUGGUUCACCGUCAGUGAGCUGGCGUGUGAACCAUGGUCGAUCGUUUUGGUCGUAUGAUUUAAAGACAAUACUAAUGACAAUUUUAUUUCUCAUAGUUUUUCACUCAAACCAACAGCAACAACAACAACAACAACAUCAGCAACAACAAACCUACAACAGAAUCAAUUCAAAAAAAAAUUGAACACGACUAACAACAUCUAGUCUCGAGAAUUGAAAAACGACCAUUGAAUUGAGAAACUAAAAACAGAAAAGCAACGACCACCACGGAUUCAUUAAGACGAAGAAAGUUUUUAAAGUUUUUCCAUUUAAUUUGCAAUAGACAUAACCAAACCAAACGGAGUGAUAUUUCUAGUCUCGAGUGUCCGCAAAUAUCCCGCCUUCUCCAAAUUUGAAACUGACAGUGUUGUGCUCGGUGUCAACCCUGGGCAUACCUUCCCUCACGCUCCGGAGCGCAGAAUUGAUAUGUUUUGUAAUCAGUGUAAUAAACUUGUACAUAUGGACAUCGAUUGAAAAGCGCCUUCCGGGGUUAGAACCGUCCUUCUAGUGAAUACUUAUGAUAUCCCCGCCCCCCUGUGAAUGCCUGGACUGGACAGAUGCCAGACUAGCGGUAUCACUCCCAGUGAAGAAACAACACAGAAUGAACGCAAAACUGAAAUAAACCGGAAUAAUUUAAAGUACAACACAACCAUUUUUUAAUAAUAAUAUAUUAAACUAACAUGAGCAAACAAUAGUAAUUAAUGAAACAAGAUGAUAUAUUUAUAUUUUUAUACAAAUCUUAUUAAUGACAAAAUCAUGCAACCAUAAAAAACAGUAUUUAAGCCAAAACAAUAACAAAACGAAAACCAAAUUCCAGCAAAAGAAAAAAAUAAAACUCAAAUCAAACCGAAAGCGAAACACCGGAGAGCAGGACGAGGAGUAACGGAAUGAUUGAGCAAGAACAAACACACACAGAUAUAUAGUCGUUUAUAUAUUGAAAAUCUUAAUCAGUAAAUUUACCAUUAAGCAUCCUUGUUUGAAACAUUUAUCUUUUCCAAAAAAAAAACAACAAAGCAAGAAACAACAUAAUGAAAAAAAUAGAAAUAUGCGCGAACAAUGACGACGAAACAACAAAUUGCAGCUUACAGCCGAUAAGCGACAAAAAAAUCAGCAAAACUGAAAAGUAAAAAAUAUAACACAAAGCGAAAAAAAAGCAACACAUAAAUCCAUUUCUUAAGGAAACCAAGAGGAAACACUCAGCAGACUGUUAAAAAUGUGAUCAGAUAUAUAUUAUAUAUUAAUGAAGUAAUUAAUUAGACGAAAAAAAGGGUAUAUUUAAUGAAAUACAGAGCAUUAAAUAUCUUACACAUAAAAUUUCACGUUAUAGGAAACGAACGAGAGAAAGGUAAGAAGGAGACAAAACAAAACAAAAAAAAAGACGUGAACACGUGACAAGAGCAGAAGAGUAAAACAUAGGCUACGUAUUCAUUGGGGCGAACCUUUCCGCAGGGAAGAACAGCUGGAUGAAUAGUAAACACAAAGUAUAUUUUACUUUUUCUUGUUCUUUUUUUACAAAUAUUUGCGAAUAUUCGCUGUUUAAUAUUGAAAUUUUAUAUACAAAAUGUUUUUAUAUAUACACACCAAAUUACAGAAGCACACGCAGAAACAAGAAAGUGAAAAGAAUAACAAAAAUAUGGAAACCAAACUCUAAGUGAAAGCAUAACAAAAAAAAAAUAUUUAUAUCAUAAGCCAAUAAGUAAAUGGGAGUACCGAGAAAAACAAAUCGAUAAACUACCGAGACAAAUAUAUAUUUAUACAAGAACUAAUAAGUUUACACGAUAGCGCAAUAGAACAAAAUUGUUGAAAACAAUAUGAAAAAUUUGUAUUGCGUUCAGCCACUGGUGCCGUUGCCAUUAUUCGGAUUAAUUGAUUUAUGCCAGACAACACCAAAAAAGUGAAUCUAAAGAAACCAAAAACCUCACCCCCCUCCAGUUGCUGCACCGAGAUACAAAGUUUUCAUAUCAUACAAAAAAACAAACCGGAUUCAGUUCUUAUUACGCCAGUUCCGUUGAAAUAGUCUCUGUACGUUUUGGCGUGUGGUGGCCUUUCCCGAGGGGUAAUCUAUGCUGCUGGAGUGUUCAGGGCUGGCGUGAGAUGUGAUACAAGCCAAAAGUUGUGAUCGAAAUGCGGAGAAAAAUAUCACAGUUCGGUACGAGUCUCACCAGCUUUGGCCACCGUCGGAUCUGCCGUAUCCGUAUUACGGCGUGUCCGACGGUGGCCGAAACGCAAUCGAAUACACCGAUUCUUCACUGUUCGACUUCACAGUGAGGCGGAGUAGAUUGGCCCGGAAUGAUUUUGUUGGUAGUGAUCAGUUUCGAUGAAUGAUCCAUUUUUGUAUUACUCAAAUAUCGCAGCAAUUCGCACCGCUAACAAUGUUCGACAGCUCAGUACGAAAAUAUUCCACCAAAACACUUCAAUUGAAUAUGCUUUUGCCGUGUUGUGACAUCGGCGAAAUCUGUCAUAAUAAAUAAUUUGAAUCUUGAACAAUAUAAUAGAGACUGUUACAGUACAUACACAGUUUUAUAUCUUACGACAACCCAAUGAGAAAUUAAACGAAAAUAUUUUUGAUACUUUUACAUGUGAGAUCGCGACAUUUUGGGUUACUCUUUGGAGGGUAAACUGUACUGGGUACUGGAAAAAUAAGAAACAUCGGUAAUCCAUUUUGACUGAUUUUUUUUGAAAAUAUUGAUUCAAAGGCAUUAUUUCUCAAGUAAACAAGCUAAAAAGACGUUUUCCAAAUUGCAUAUCAAUUUUCAUAUCUACCAGAAUGUUAAUGAGUUAACCUAUAACAAUCUCAUCUUCAUGCUAAAUAAAACUUAUUCAUUGAAAAUUCACAUGCGAGAUGCUGGGUAAACACAAUUGAAGUAAUAAUUCAAACAACCACGUUGCUGAAAAAUUUCUUUUCAGUAAAUUCAACAAAUAUUUCUAUAUUGAUCAUUCCGCAUCAUUCUGAGCAAAUAACCGCCCCAAAUGUGUACUAACAGUGUAUCUGUGUUCAUCAAUUUUUUUGAAACUAAAGUGACCUAAAAUCGAUCUGCCCGUCAUCAAAUACUUUUCCAUUCAGUAUGCAAACCCCCGAAAAGCAAAUCUACAGCAAAUGAGACGUACAGAGGAGAAAAACAGGGAUGUUAUCUUAUGAUUUUCCAGUCGUGGAUAUUAACCACAAUUGAGAGUAACAAAUAUCAACACACUUCCCUGGGGAGUGAAAUGUUUGUGAUAAUAAACAGCUAGGAUAGUGAAAACCAUCGCGCCUGGUAAUAUCGUUGAUAUUACGUUACAGAGAGGUCGCCAACACCAACCACCUUCGAUAAGGUGCAAGCAAAAUACAAAAACAAAGAUUUAACACACAUCGUUUUAGUUACAGUUAAUCAACUACAAAUUACGUCUUAGUUCAUACAAAAUGGAAAGCAACACCGGAAGCGCCCCCGGUAGUCCACCAUCACAAGGGUCGUUUCCUAUGGAUCUUCGACAGAAGUUGUCCCCCUGAAGUUAGGAAUCGUUUUGAUCGAUCGACGACAGCAGAAUAACAUCGCUGAGACCAUGAAGGCGCCAGCCGUCAUCCUGGGCGCGAGGAACAGUUUUGACACAUUCAAUCAGGAAACAAAGCAAAAACAAAACAAUAAAUCCUACAACGAAACGUACGGACAUCAACAACAAUUUCUUGUCUCUGCCGCAGAGAGCCUCUAGCAUGAGUAGGACUUCUGCGCCAUGCCGUGCUAGACCGGACGAAAAAAUAAAAAACGAAAAAGGUAAUUGGUGUUUUUCGAGUGAUCCUACCAAUCGAGAACAGAGAAGUUUACCAUGGAUUGUAACAAGUAAACAAAAGACGGAGCUCUCGACACGCACAUAACAACAUGUCGUGGAAUCAAGAUCAAACCCACGCCCGUAAUUGGUAGUUUCAACGAGAAGCAAAAGGACUUAAAACGUGAAUAAGUAAUAAAAUUUAAUAUUCGGCGAUAUUCAGUUCGGUAGCGGCGAAUAAUGGUUUGUUUUCGCAGAACAUAAAUAGCAUGCCUGUCUCAUACACAAUAUGCAAUCCGAUGAAAUUUUUCUACUACCAUAUGACUUUCUUGAUAACACCUAAUUGAAUUCACGCUGCACUAUGAAACAAUUAUUAGCAAACUUCUAUGAUGUGAAUUGCUCCACGGAACUGAAUGUCUGAGGUCAAACAAUUCGAUACACAUUAAAUGUGAGGCAAUUCUUCAUACGUUCAAUAGUAUAAUAAAUUUCAAGAGAACCAGUUCAAAAAAAUGACAUAUGACAUCUGCAGUGGCGUAGCGUACGGGAGCGCGGGAGACGGUGAGUGACAACCACGACGUUAAGUUAGAAAAAAAACCUUCAAAUUUUAAAUGAACAUCACGCGUCAGUGAUUGAUGAUAUUAUCCGGUGAAAACGUACAAGGGUUUGUGCCUAAGGGCAUGAACAAUAGAUCAACGAAGGACUGUGAUAGUUCGAAAAAUGUUUUUGAAUUCAAUUCUUCUUUUAAUUGUUCAGAAAUUCAUAGAUUUUACUAAUCAUAUACUCCAAAUGGUGACUCUGAAAAGAGUCAUUUGUUGCAUGGAUUAGUAUUCUACAAACGAGUUUGAAGGGAAAAUGAAGGGGGAAUGAAAACGUAGUCCUACUUCAAAAAAAUUCACCAUGGUCCAUGCAAAAGAUUCUGUCUAGAGUUUUUUUUCGAUUUGGAUGGAAAAAGGCUGCUAAUUUAAGUAACGAUCCUUUACGACCUGGAGAGUAACAAUUGAAAUUUCAUGAAGUGCAUUUCACAAUCGUUUGACGAUAGCUUGAAUAAUAGAUAGAGUGCACGAAUUCCUUCUAAUAGCAGUCCAUGAAACAGUCUGAUCGGAAAGACUAUUCGGUUGCUCCGACCAUUGAUGGAAAUGGCCGAUCCUUCGGUUGGAGGAGGCCUCGAUGUUAAUAGCUCAGGAAUUUGAUAAAUCCGGUACUUUGGUCUUGAGAAAGACCGUUUGGAUACAGCUUACACUGGAAAAAGAAAAUACUUUGGAAAAUCAAAACACACUGGAAUACUAACUUAAUAACGGAUAGUUUAGUCACAUACAUACAUUGGAUGUGAAACGAAUAAUACACUGGAUAGAAAAAAACAGAGGAACAGAGCUCGAAGUAGAAAUUUUUAGGCGAUUUUCGAAAUACUGUAACUUCGUGAAAACUCAAGGCAUGGAGAUGGGAUGAACAUAAUUUUAAUAGCUUUUGUAGCUUUCAUGUUUAGGAAUAUUUUACGAAAGUAUAUUUAUCUUGGUGUGUGUAGAUGUAGUGGACAAAAAUAUCGGGAAGAAACUAACAAUCGAUUUCGUUCCGUUUUUUUAAGAUUUUGUGGACUAACAUAUUUUUUUGUCAGCUAAAUCCAUUUAACCUCAUCAACCAACUUUCAUUGGGAAGCCUAUAACUUUCCUAUAGGACCUUUCACUACAGAAAUAUUUUUGUUUUAAUGAAAACGUUCUGUUCGUGUUAUGAUUGAUUCAAUAAAUAAAAAUCGCACCGCAAAUAGAUAAACAGAAAACUAAACUAAAUUAUGUACAAGAAUAAUUGGUUACUUUGACGAAAAACAAAAUUUUGAAUUUUUUACAUCGUUUUCAAAAACGUGCUAAAAACAGGAUUUUUAAAGUAUUUUAAAAAUUCUGCUGUAGUUCUGCAAAUAUUGCAGUAAGUUCUGAUAUUUGCAGGCAAAUUUCUUGACGAGUGUAUCCUCUAAGCCCAUGUGAACGUUUCAUUUGAAAAAAAAAAGAAGUUUUUCUAGCUGAUCCAUCAAAGUUUGGAGUUAAUUAGAGGAGCACUUUAUCGCAAAUUAUACCAGAAAUACAAAAUUCUAUGCGUACCAUCGAAAUGAACGAUUUACAACUUUCGUUCCUCCACUAUUCCUAAACUUGAAAAUUUAAGCUUUAAAAUGAUGUACAUCCUAUCCCCAUAGUUUGAUUUCACAGCAUUUAUAGCAUUUUCAAAAACCACCUAAAAAUUUUUACUUCGCACUCUGUUUCUCGAAUUGUUCUGUCUAGUGAAAAAUGGGAAUUGUGAGACUUCCAACGCUUCCAAAUUUUGAGGUUAGUUUGAAGCUGUUACUAACGGUUUGCGUUUUUAUGGUAUCUCCUCAAAAAGGCUCUUCAAAGUUACAAUUAAUUAAAAAUUGUCUGCAGUCAACGAUUGGUUAGACAUAUGUGACACUCCGACUUGAACUUCGAUCGAGCUAGAGGUCCGGCGAGGAAUUCUCCGUCUGGCUCACAAAAGUCAGAUAGAUUGGAACAAUGUAAAGACCGAGGACUUUCCUUAAAAUCAUUUUCUUGCUGUCGAACCAAUGAGUGCGGCGCGAAUCAAACGGAAAAUUGAUAAAUAAUCUGGCUUUAUAGUCAAUUGAAAGUGAAUGAACUAAUGCCACAUUGAUUUUUGAUUUUUUGUUAAGAAAAUUUACUGCUUUUAAGGCGAGAAACGUGAAGGCAUUAUGUUCCCUUCAUCUACUAUUGAAUAAAUAAAUUUCUGGGUUCGAUAAAUUUGAUUUUCCAUUGAAAACCGAAACAAACACUUGAUAACAAGGUUUGAUUGUAAGGGGUGGCACCUAAGACAACCGCCUCGGGUAACACCCGGUCACGCUACGCCACUUGUCAUCUGCAUUUACUAUUUUUUUCCAAACCAAUCUUCAAACAUCCCCAAUUUUGAAAGUUUUGAAGGUAUUGAAAAUAUUGUGGAAACUCUAGAAUUGGUUUUAUCUAGCUCAUUAUAAAAACACUAUUAAUGGUCCAUUCGCAAAAAUUCUUAUACGAUCAUACUUCAACCUACAUGGCUUAUGGAUUGUCAGAUUUAGAAGAAAAAAUCAGCAUUCUUGAAGCAUUCACUAUGAAUCUCAAAAACAUGUGAACUUGAGGUGUUAUGUGUGAUAUGAACUGUUUGACUAAAUAAACCAAUUUCAUCCCCCAUUUUUAUUCCGGUUACAUACAGGUGGCAAAAAAAACUAUUAAGACAUCUGCAUUUAUCAGUACUUCCAAACUAAUCUAAUAUCCAAAUACCACCUUCAAAUCACCGCGAAUUUUUAAGAAACAGCAGAAUCUUGAAAACUUUUUUUAUUUAUGCACUUUUUCUAUUCUAAUGACAGAUCUCAUCACAAAAAAUAUUGAUAAAUUAAAAAAAUUGAAAUUGAUAAAUUGUUGAAACGCAGAAUUUCGAAUAACAGUCAAAUGAACUUUUGUGUCAAUAUUCUAUUCACAGUGACUCAAACUCGAGUUCGUACUCCAUCAUACAGAGCUUUUUUCAUUACUUUUGAAAGUCGAAAACAAACUUUCGAAACAUUCUAUUUAGAUAAUAAUAUAAUUCAUUUAAACUAAUUAACCAGCUUUCAGCUGAUCCCUAUAACUUUCCUGUAGGACCUUUAAGGACUUCUGAUGAAAUAUACGAUGAAGAGUUGCUCUAAUUUACUCCAAAUUUUGGGAAAUCGGCUAAAAACGGCUGAAUGCAUGAAACGUUUACAGAUAUUUUCAGGAUUCAUAAGGCUAAAAGUUUUCUUGCUAACAUUAGAACUUACUGCAAUGUUGAGAAAAUUACAGAUGAUUUUCUGAAACCCUCGUUUUUUGGCACUUUUUCAAAAUUGAUGAAAAAAUAACAUAAAAUUAUUUUCGUCAAAGCAACAAAUUAAACAUAUACAGUAUGUGUUGGAGUUUUCAAAACUACUGUUCUGCUUGCAGUGCGAUUGUUUAUUGAAUUAUUCAUCAUCAAAGAAGAAGGGAUAAUUUUUCUUUCGAACAAAAAUAUCUAUAAUAUGGGAAGGUCCUACACGCACCUUAUAGGAACCAAACGAAGGCUGAUUGAUAAGGUUAAUUGGAUUUGCUAUUAAGUUGGUUAGGAAAAACAAUUGUUAUCAUUCAAAAUGUUUGGAAAACAGAAAAAAAAAUUCAUUUCUUCCCGAUAUAAAAAUAUCGUUCAUCUACAUCAAGAUAAAAAUAUGUUAGUAAAACAUUUCAAAAGCUGAAGGCUUAAGCUUUAAAAAGAUGUUUAAAGUAUUAUCUAAAUAGAAUGAUUCGAAAGCUUGUUUUCGACUUUCAAAAGUGAUGAAAAGAGAUCUGCACGGGGGUAUGAAGUUUAAGUCACUGUAUACCAUAUGUGUCCUUGUUAUUGAGGAAAAAUAUUAAGUACAUACCAAAACAUACACAAUGUAUAAUUAAAUGGAAAUAUUCACAAUACUUUAUAUAGAAACCAUUUCAUUGGGAGUAACAAUAUUAAAAUUAAUACAUCUUUGGACUUAUCGAGCUCAAUAAAAGAUCAAAAUUAGAUGAACUUCGAUAACUUCAACUUUUCUUCUUAAGAAAAGUGACCACAUCUUCUUAAGAAACCCACAGAGUGAUUAUUCAAAGAGAAACAGUGCUUGGCAGUUCAUUCAUUACUCUACUAAUUUUAUUUUGUAUUUAAAAGUCCCCUACUAAUUAAAAUGAAUUAUGGAAAUACCCAGCGCAAAUAAUACUGUCCCUCCAACCCCGACAAUUAGAAUCAUCGCUCGAUAGCGGCAUUCUAUAAUAGAGCUGCUGCUUUUACCAAAAAAUGCGGCUCCGUUCAGUCCGUCGGCAGAAAAGAAAUGGGAUUAGGAAAGCAUAGCAUAGUGCUUGACGAGCUACCGAGACCAGUCUCAUGUCACUUCGCAAUCACAACUUAAUGGAUUUUUUCCACUUCUUUUUCUUGUUGUUGCAUUAUGGAGACUAUAAGCGUUCGCAGUUCAGUCGUCUCUAGCUCUGAGAAGGGCCCCUUGGGGACAACCGAAUACAAAAUUUUUCUCCACCUGCCUUGACAAAGACACUUCACUAUCGUUCGACGCUCCUCAGUAAACCGUGCCCGUUUCAGCAAACAUCAAACGACGUUCCUGAAUUGGUCUUCCGAGCGGGCACCAAUUUGUAUACAGAUUUGUGAUUUCAUAAGCCUGUUUUCCAAGCAAUUUUAAAGCCAUUGAAACAAUUUUUCAAGUCAUUAAGCAGCAAUAAUUUACCUCUUGGGCAUAUUAUCUUUUGUAUGAAAUGAUUAUCAUUCAUUUUCGUGGAUCCGGAGUAGAAUUAUUAACGGAAUAGUUUCCUCAUUGGAAUUACUGAACAAAAAUAAUACCCCCUUCCCUACAAUUGUAAACGACGAUCGAUUGCGGCAUUUGUAAACAAAUAAUUUUAUAAUACUACUUUCAUCAAUGUGAUUUCUUCGAUGUGGUGAAAUAUCCACUACAUCAAAUCAAACAUUUCGAUUUCUUCACUAUCAAAUCCAUAGCCAAUGGCACCCAUCCGUAUCGAAUUAUCAUCGAUACCUCGAUUUUCGCUAAAUGCUCCGUUCAGUUCAGUUGCAGAAAAGAAAUGGAAUUGGGAAAGGAGGGCAUAGUGUUUAAACGAGCGAGCGAGACCAUCUUCACGUCGCUUUCCAAUCACAACUCAAUGGAUUUCCGGGCGGGCGCCAGCUUGUAUACAGAUUUGUGUGAAUUCAAUAGCCUGUCUUCAAAGCAAUUUUAAAACUAUUCAAACAAAUUUUCGGGUCAUUAAUUAACAGUCAUAUAACUCUAGGACAUUUUGUCUUUCGAAUGGAGUGAUUAUCAUACCACUCCGUUCAGCCGACAAAGAGGUAUCAACGUUCGAAACCUUGCAAUCCAGGCGUCACGCUCUCGUUUUCGAAUUCUUAAAACUUACACCCCAGCACAGAAAUGAAAGCCACAUAUGUUCGCAUGUUAGGUAUAUACGGUAUCGGUAUCGCUAUCUUUUGUUAUUGUUACACUAAAACAAUUAAAACAAAAAAAAUGCUCUUGUCGAUCCGUAUUCAUCUUAUGCUGCUGUCACUUUCGCCUGCCCAACAGAUUGACUAAUACAUAGGGGUAGUGGGGGCAAAGUGGUCACCUGCUUGUUUGGUAGUAUAACUAUUGACUAUGAAUGCCGUAUUGAUAGUCACCUUAUGUUUGAAGAAUUUAGUGACUUUAGAGUCACCCUGUACUUCACUAGAGCUGUCGCAUGUCAAAAUAAAAAAAUGUUCGAAUUUUCACCUUUUUUUAUAAUGAUGAAAAAUGUACUAUUUUGAAUUUUUUAAGUGAAAGCCGUUUGCUGUCUUGAAGAACAAUGAGUUGAACUAUAAUAUUCUUCGGAAAACGGGAAUUGAAGCGGUAUGUGGACGCUGAAAAUGGGCAUAUUCCUUAGGGUGACCACUAUGCCCCCACUUCCCCUAUGCAGUCUACAAGUGAUCUGUGGAAAAGUCAAUCUCGAACGCGAUGUUUCAAAUCCGAUCGGGUUCCGGAAUGAGGGUGAAAGCCCCAUUGACAACAUUGAGCUUCGUGGUGCAUUACUAUGAAGCAAAAAUGGAAAUGGAUUUUCGGAUAAAUUUUUGGAUAAAUACGAUUUUAAAAGAAAAAUCACGAAAUGAACUAUUUCGUAUCAAACAUGUGUUCUACGUGAUGGAGUGGCAAAUUUUCUGCAAAGCGGUGAACAAAUCAUGUACUGAAAUUGUGUCUGAUAAUGAUAAUGAUGGAAUUUAGCGGAAAUAUCAAUAAACUCAACGAAAAAUAGUUUACUAAAGAUCAGAACGACUAAUCUAAUCUUUAAUCUGCAUCCAAAUUUCUACAAUUGGAAACUGCCCUCGGGCCUUCUUAACUGAUAGAGUAAAUAGCUCCACGAAUACGGAAUUAUUCUGAAGUUCGUUUUGCGUCAAUGAUGUUUUGCUCCUUUGACAUAUGUCGGUUGGGUUUGAUUCCCGAACAGAUUGCAGAAUGGAAAAGUCGAUCUUGAUCGAUUUGCAAAGUUUCAAAUACGAUCAGGUUUCGGAAUGUGAGUAAAUGUUAUCCAAUAGGAUAUGGAAUUCACUGAAUAUUUUAACAGAAAAUAUGUGUAUGGGUAGGGAUAAUUUUCAGGUGGUGACGUUUUGAGAUAUUUUUGAAACUUCAAUCAAACACUUCUGAAUGUGUAGCGCCAGUAGAUUGAAAAUAUAUAAUAGUUAGAAAAUAUUGAAACACUGUUAAUUUCAAUCGUUUAAUCGUUCCGAUUAACAAUGGUUAAUCAAUUUCUCGUUUCAAACAUGAACAAGUGACUACGUGAAUUGGAAUGUUAGAAAAAACCCUUCACAAUUUCCUUUUACUAUAAUUUUCCAAUCACUACUACCAAAACUCGUCAUUAUAAUAUACAUUUUUUUUCAGACACAAUUUUUGCUCAAAAUUAUUGAUUCAUUUGCAAAUAACAGGUUUCUUCGAUGCGUAGAAUACAUGUUUGAUAAAAUUUCAAAAUUUGAACUUUUACAUAACAUUGAUUGUUUGGAUUUUUCGCUUACCUUUGGCCUUACAUUCUUAUUUAUAAGGAUAGAUAGAUAGAAGCUAUAGGAGUGCGUUGUUUCGCCUGAUAAUCCAUUUCCACCUUCGAACAAAGAUCUAUUUCGUUAGCGCAAACAUCGUAUGGGCUGACAACGCUUAUUAUGAUGAAAUUUUCGAACAUAUGGGAAUCCAAAUUUUCGACCAUCCUUCAGAGUUUUCCGAAAAUUUUCCGAUUUUUUCUCUCUGCUAUAUUGAUCUACGGGAACGACGAAUACAACAAAAUAAAAACGGCUCAAAUCGGGCCAUUCCUUUUUCGGAUUUUGCGCUUAGCAACACAUUUGGACUUUUCAUUUUUAUUUCCCAAUUAUGCUAUAUUAGCCACAAUAAAAAAAACCGCCGAGAAACCGCCUGUUUUCCGAGCAGUCUGCAAUCACUAGAAUGGAAUCGAAAUUGGAGCAAACAUGUAGACCGGAACACCAGUAAUCGAAAAGCAAACAACAUCAACAGGCAGACUUGCUUCGGAUUCCGGCGAGUCCCAGUCGGCUAAAAAGUCAGAAAAACCACCCUCGCCGCUACCGAACCGCAAAGUUUUCAGUUUAACAACACUAACCACAAACCGUUGGAUGUCGUUUUCUUAUUAUAGCUGACAGGAACAGUUUAGUUUAAUUUGCACCGUUCUAGAACACACUUUGAUUGUUUCGUUAGAACAAACAUACAAACAGAAAAAGUAAAACAAAACAAAUACAAAUAGGUGACAUUUUUAAAUGUACUUGUGCCGCAGAUACAAAUCAAGUGACAAAACAGAACAAAAAUAUCUAUAGCGCAGCAAAAAAUGCACAGCCGAAAUAGAAACAAUGUCAAACCAAUAAUAAUUUCAACAAUAGUGCCAGAAAACUUUUAAAAUAUUACAAUUUCAACAAUACAAUCUUGUUUUCGAUUGCAAUAAACACAAACGAUAUUUUAAGAAACGGGAGCGAUAAGGAAACCAAAAUGAAAAUUUACAAUAGGCUUAAUAUAAGCGGAAUCCAGCAAUGGAUGAACAUAAAAAAAUAUAAAAUAACUCAAAUAAAUGAAACUGAAACAAAUCAAAUUUAGCGUACACAAUUAAUACACGUAAAAUUGAAUCCAAAGCGAUAUAAGUGAAUGCGAAAUGAUGAAACAUUUUAGUGUUUACGAUCAGUUCUAGGUAUAUCUAGCAAUUUUAAUAUACAAAUUGGAUGUGAUUGGAUUGUAGUAGAAUAUUAACUGAAUAACCUGUAAGCUAAUAAUACAGGAAUGGAAGACUACGCAUCCUUGUACAUUGAUAGUCCUCGAACAAAACUAAAAUCAACAACUCUACUGAUAAGCCCGUUUCACAGUCGGGAGUAGCAAACACGCGAAAGAAAACAAUUUCAUGAAAUCUUCGAUUGCCGUAUUUUCAACAAUUACAACCUCCAAACACCGUCAAACACUAUUAUAGAAAUCAGAGAGUCGAAAACUGGUGGGAUCUAACAUACAGUAACCAUCUCCGAAUAUUGGCAGCCCAGCAAUUUGUAUUAAAGUACUAAAUUCAUUCUGCCCAAGUGUGGAAACUUUACGAUCAAACUAUACUGAACCGAGUCUCAGCAAUAGUGAAGCAACCAUUGUAACAUACAAAACACCCAGACUAGACAGAGAGUAAGCACUCGAUCGGCAGCACUCAGUGUUGCCAUCUAUGCGAUCGAUACUCGAACUACCAAUAGUGACUACACCACGGUCGCUCGCAAGCAGAGGGAGCGACUGCUAUCGGAUGUUAUUGAUUCCGUCAUGUGUGAGAUCAUCCACCAUUGACACAAGCAGAAUAACAAUAACACCAUGAAUGACGAAAGCCAUGUAAAAAUUUAGUGUGAAAAAAAAAACAUCAACAGCAUAUGUUCAUGAAAACGAAAACUUUUUUGUACAUUACCAUCUAAAUAUGCAUAUAUGAAAACAAAAGGGUUUCACCGCGCCGUCACAAGACCACGCACGGACCACUUCUGGGGCCACCGUAGUAGCUCCGGCCUGCCUGCCUGCCGGGUGCCGUCGUUUCUCUCGGUUGUGUACGGUUGGGUCCGCACGACUGCAACAACAAACGCGCGCGCUCAGGUGCAGGUUCCGGGGAGUUGGUACCCGCAGAUAGUGGUCAAUACGGUUGACCUUAUACAGAACCAUGUGUAUAUUUAGCGCAGAUUUAAACCAAUAUGAAACACAGAGAAAUAAACAAAGUGGUAUAUGAAGAUCUCGAAUGAAAGUAAUCAUUUUCCCUGCACAACUAUGUUUUAGUUCGUCAGGACCGGGUGAAGCGAUCGGUUGGACCCUGGGGCACCUCUAAGGCCAUCGCAAGUCUCGGUCCGGACCAAAUAGACCUGGAAGAAUAAAAUUAUGAGGAAAAGUAAUUUGCCAUCAUAGCAAAGUACAAUUCAGUCUAUCAUUAUUGUCACACGAAGAAAAAUAAAUAAGCAAACAACAGAAGAGCUGGAAUGGAAACGAUAGUUUAACCAAUUAUUGUUUAGACGCCGGACGCGCGAAAAGUUGCGUGCUAGAACCGAUGAAGACAACACGGAAGACGAGGAACAGAAGGAAUCGAUGCAGCUAAGCGGAAGUUGUAGAAAUGUAUAAAAGCGUGAGUAGUCACUUUGCACUCAGCUAACUGAGUAACCAUCAGUGCUCGGGCAUAAACAAAUAUAUAUGCUUGUAAUCGCUGCAGUCCAAGUGAUUUAGUUUCACGUGACCACUUCGAAGUUUGGUUCAAUUAUUACGUUUCAAACAAAUAAGUUCAACGAAAUGAGCCCUUAAUAACAGCAAAACAAAACGUCUCGACAGUUGAGAACUAUACCGUUGCAAAACAAAACGAUAUCUACUAAGUUGGAACGUUACUGUUGCGUUUGACAGUUUCAAUAUUUUUAUCUACUUUUCGUGAAAUCUAAAAUCUACCUCAAAUUAUUGUAUAUUUUAAACCAAAAAGUAACAAAUAGGGGAAAAAGAAACAAAAGCCCCAAAUUGAAUCCAUAUGAGAAUAUUUUAACAUUUUAGAGAAAACAAAAGAAGCGAAUACGAAAACGAUAAACAAGUCCAGACAUGUAAUGUUAUAAUUCCUUUCGAACAGUACACAUUUAACUAUGUUUCACAUCGUUUGGUUCGGUUUUGUGUUGUUUUCGAAUUAUUCCAUGAGAAAUACCAGCAAUUCACCCCUCGUUCAGCUAAAAACUGGACAAGAGGCAUGUAUAAAAUGAACAUACACUCAAUAAUACAAGCUCAAUAUAAUGUCGGCUCAGUGGUACAAGUAAAACAAAAAUAAACAUGGUUGAGAAGCUACUAAUUUCAGUGGGCAAUUCAUACAUAUACUGGAACAUAUAAUAUUUGGAACCCGAACCAAGACCGUUAAGUUCUCGUUACAAACCAACCAUACAGGGUCACACAAAACGCAGCAUAAUUUGUAUUCAUUCAUAUUCUCACAUAUAAUCACCGCUGAGCCGACUGAGUUUUAGUUUUUGCAACCAUAUACGAAAAAUAAACCGUAAUUAUACCAAAACCAAAACAGCAACUGACGUAGUUCUUUUUCGUUCCCACACAAAACCAAAAACAACCAAUCAAUAGCAAAGGUUCAAGCGAACUGUCGCCAUAUUGCGACGGCAGUUCGCAUUAUAUUUGUUUUGUAGGUAUCAAAAAGGAGUGUCUAAUUUCGCCGAAACAUCCGCAACCGAAUUGCAAACCAUAGAGCAAUCAAGAAGUUUCGGUUUUUGAGUGAAAUAAUUCAUAUGUAAUCUGAUUUGACGCAUAAUCGACGCAUUUUUUUGAGCUAGGAAUGGUGCAUUCCCGGACGAAAAAUGCAUUUUCAGCCAGUUUCAACACGAAGCAGUUGUACAAAACAAUUUUUAAUUUCCAGAUUGAUUUACGUUGUUUGCUAGUCUUAGGUCAUGAUGAUUGAAACGCAUAUUUACUGAUAGUAAUUAAAUUAAUGAUAAAAAAACAGUAGGAUUAAAUAACAAUGGCAAGUUAGAGAAUAAAGAUCGAAAACAUAAAUGCUAGCUAACAUCUAAUGUCGCCCGAAGAAUUCAAAUCAAAACUUGGGGCGGAAGGUGGCAUUUCGGCUCUCUGAAAUAACAACACUAGAAAUGGCGAAUCGAAAACAACAAUACUUCACAUUGAUUGCCUACCACCGUCAACAUACUUACUGUUCAGCACUGCCACCUGCUGGAGGAGCGAAAUGAGCUUUCCUACCCAACUGUCACACCAUCUUCCACCGAGCAACAGCGCCAUCUAGUUGCCGCGGUGUGAGACUAACGAUUUGAACUAAUGUUGGUGAGAACAUUUUUCUUUUGGUUUUCUGGAUUACCAUUCUCAGCAAAUUUAAACACACAGAAUGAAUAUUGAUAAACAAUGCGCAAAACAAGCAAUUAUUUCAUUGAAAUCACAGACACAGUCGCUUGGUUCUUUUAUUUUCACAAACCAACAAAAAUGUGACCAGAAAAAUACGAAGAUAUCGAACAACUAAAACAACAUUCAAACACGAAGAUCGAUGGGGAGCAGGAUAAAAGGAGAGAAAAAACACACGGAGAAUCGACGUGAGGAUCCAUUUCCAUUGUUUAUGAAUGAUUUCAAAGAGGGGGCGUCGUUUUGGGCUACUCAACGAUCCAGAUCUCGGUUGAGGGCGCAGUGAAGCGGACACCCGUUUUUGUUGUUCCAUUUUACCAUUUAGAAUAAAUAUUACGAAGCAGAUAUACAGCAACAGUUUCGGCCAUAUUUUGGACAACAUUAAUAAAUAUAGUAACGAAGAAUUUCUACCGGACAUUUUUAAAGUGCUACACACUCGGGGGAAACUUCGAGGGGUUCGCCUUUUCGGGCUUAUGUUGUUGGGAAAUGUUCCGUUACGAUUAAACAGAUUUAGUUGAUUUACACACAAAUGCACACAUUUGAAUAAUAUCAAGGAUAAAAGAUCACUAUUUGAAGGAUACCAUCUGGUGGCGUAUCAACAUCAUCGAGAAGCGAAAAAAAGGGGGUAACAUCUGGAAGAAAAAAUUGAAUGUAUGCUAAGAUCAAUACGAAACGAGCGAUACAAAUAAAAAGGACAUUCCUUAUUAUUUCUAUAAGGGUGCUUACACGAGGAAUAAACACAACUCGACAAAACCAUGCUAUUGAAUAAGCGAUCAAAAUUUAACUCAAAAUUAAACUGUUUCAAGCCAUUACGGCGAAAAUUAGAGAAAAAAGAAGGAAAUAUCAAACACAGAGGAAAACAGAUCGAAGUUAUAAUUGUCGGCAAAAUUUGACAAGUCUGAAAAUUACAAAUUUAGAUGAGAUAUAAUCGGAGAGGAGGAAGAGUCGCUGAACUGGUUUCAACAGCAACGAUUCGGGUGGGGUGAAAGUUAUUUUUGCCUUUUCAAACUGUCCAAGAACGGACACAACGGACUAUAUUGAGCUUGUAUAGGUUUACGGUUCCCAAGAUUGGAUCGUAUUCUGGACACGAGACCCCAGAUUUGGAAAAGAAAUUUGGAGGAAUUUCUCAAGUUUUCUAAUUUGCAGACAAAAAUAUAAUUCCGUCUCUAUUUGACAUCGAUAAGAUUCUGUAACAAUCGAAUACGCAAGUUUUCAAUUUGAAUAUUUUCUACAGUCAAUUUGAAACAUGAAAUCAUGGGAUUAAGAUAAAUAUCACUCCGUAGAAAACAAACAAAACGUUUAGGGUUUGUUCUGAAAACGCAUUAUUUCCAAUGCAUGUUGAUUGAGAUUAAAGUGCGGAAUGGUUAUUCAUGCAAGUUUCAAGCUCUGCAUUCUUGCGAUUCACCCCCCACCCGGCUGCCGGAAAGGUUCAGUUCUGGCCAAAUUCAUCAGUCGAAAACAAAACAGCAUCACUUAGUGAAAUGAUUUGGAAUAGAGGUCUACAUUACUCCUCAGUUACAGAUUCCACAGAAACAAAAACAGUUUUGAUAACCAUAAAAAUAUUCAAAACGACAAUAUAUAACUGGAGAAAAUAAGAAAUUUGACAAACACAGCGGAAACAGUGAAAUCCUUUGGUUGGACAACUCAUUUUUCGGAACUUUUGGAGACAAUUUUCGUUUCGAUUUUGUGUACAUCAUAGAGGAAAAAAACAAAAUAAAACGAAACAAAAUGAAACAAAUAAAAAAAACACGUUCUCGGCAAUGUUUGGGAUUCCCGGUCUAAAAAUAUCACGAAAAAAGUACAAGCUUAUUUGAAGCACCUUCGCGCCUUAUCUUUAAUGAAAGUAUGGAGAAGAAGAGAAAAAAAACGUAAAUAAGAGUAAAUUAUUAAAGUUUAAAACAAAAACACGGAGAAAACAUACAUUUAAACCAAUUUUGACGAAACAAAACUAAGAGUAAAAAGAAACAAAAAUGAUUGUGUGUAAUUUUUACCAAAAUCUGCCUUAAAUUAUAUUUUCUUAUAUACAAAAAGAAACAUGAAAAAUCAUAAAAAAUGUGAAUAAGCAAAAACUAUUGAAUAAUUAAUUAACGAAAAUCCUACUAGUGUGAUGAUUUGCUGUAUGACAAACGGGGAAAAGCAAAACAAUAAAUCGGAAUCGAUAACAUGCGAACAGAUAUGUUCAUCGGGUGAGUGGGAGGUCUGAGUCAAAAUGAUAUGAAUCUAAUGUUGUUCGAUAUUUUAUUUUUGUUUCGUCCUGGUUUACGCGUUAUACUACGCUUGUUUCACAUCGUGUUAUGGACGAUGGAUAGUUUUAUUGUACUUCAGUUCAAUGGAUGUAAACCAACAGACGAUAACAUUUGAUGAGAAGAUAUUUUGCGUGUCAUUUUAUUAAUUGAAAAAAAAAACGAACCACAUUCUAAACAAACAAGUUUAAGAAAUGGGAAAACAAGAGAAGGACCAAUUGUAAUCCUGAUCAUGAUUUCUAUCCGACUGUAUACAUUUCAGCAUCCACGACACGAGAACAUAUACACUGGAUCACACCCACGGAGGUCGUCAUCGGAGCGAAAGGUGUGCGCAUAAACGAUGUAAGGCCAAAAAAUGUAAAAAUAGGAAGAACUAAAUCAUACACAUCAAGCGUAGAUGAACAUGACAAAGAACGUGAAUGAAUAGCAAAAAACAAUUAUUUUUCGUUUUGUUUUAUCCAAUUAAAUUAAACAUAAACAAACAACGCAAGACAGCGGCAGGAUUCAUUGUCCAGUCAGAUUAUCGAGAAAUGAUGUAAUUAGUAAAACGACGUUAUUUCAAAAGGGGCAAACGGCGAGUAUAAACACACACACACACAGAGAAAGAAAAAAAACAUUCACUAGAAUCAACAUCUGAUGGAAUGGAAGAAAUCAAACGUACACUAGCGAAUCAGUAGAGUCUGGUUGAAAAGGGAGAAAAUCUUUAGCGUGCAAUGCUAAAACAUUAUUUAUCAAAAUAUAAUAUAAAAAACACCCAGAAAGAACAGCACAAUGAACUCGAAAAAAAAGUUUUCAUUGUGGGAUAUACUAUAUGUGAAACUGUUGGAAGCCAAUCUUACGUGAAGCUGAGGAAAACUUUCUGUGGAAUUAUUAUGAUAUAAUGCUGAACAAACAGCAUUCAUGAAACGCAGAAUGUAACUGUAAAUUAUUUCCAAGAAAAAAAAUACUAGAGAUAACAGAAAAUUCAAAGAAAAAAGUCAUGGUAGCGGUUAUUUCUAAAAAAAAAAAACAAAUGAACCAAAGUCUAGGCCACUAUUCAAAAAAAAAACAACAACCAAUUUGGAAACCGGCAGAACUUCUUAUACGCACGGCUGACCACGCUCGCUCGGGGUUUGGAAACCUCAUGGGUGUCGUGGCCUGUCGGAAGAGACGUUUCAGUUUGUUCUAGAUUUUAGUUCUCAAACAGGUUUUCGGUUAGUUAUUGAGGCGAGCGUUGUGUAGGCAAUCACUCGCCGUAUGUUUACGAUCAGCAAUAGGAUGGAGAAAUAAUCUUUGAGAUUUAUGAUUUACAGGAUGCCACCACCAAAAUACACGCGCCUGAAGUAUGCGUGUAAUACGACUUUACUGCUGAAGAGCUUCUGGUCAGCCGGUGGAACUCCCAUUCCGUCUGCUCGGCUGAAGCUCUUCCUCUGUUUAGAAGAACAUUCGUAUGGUUGAGUUAAUAAGCCCGUUAUCGUUCAGUUUACAGCAGUAUAGAAAUUCAUAUUUGAAAGUGGUUUAUUUUUCGAAAAAUGAUUAUGAAAUGUUUAGAUAAACGCAUCUUGAACUGGUAAUAAUUGGCGAUUGAGUGUGAACGCACAGUCACAGCGACAUUUCAUGUGGAAAUUUUGAUUUAACACCUAAUUUAGAUUGGAAAUUUUUCUUCGAAAUUCCAAAUUAGCCCGAGCAAUUGAAAGCGAACCAGAGCAGUGAAUGACGGGAAAGGAGAUUCGGUUUACGGUUACCAGCGACACGUUAUUUCCUUCAGGUACUAAUUCAGUUCGCUAGAGUUUUCAUGCAUUACAAUUUUGUAGGGAGAAAGUUUAUAUCGUUAUAUUAUUGUGCACCUAUGCUUUCGUGCAUUAGAAAAUUGUUGGAGAAAUUUACCCUUCGAAGAAUCGAUCAAAGGAUCGAGACAAAUAAUUUGCUAUCAAGUACACAAUUCAGGUUUCGCAAGAGCAAAGGAACAAACGAUUAUCUACCGUUGCUUUCGAUAGAUAUACAACUGGCUUUUGCGCACAAGUAGCAACGGGCUUCAGUAUUCCUGGACAUUAAGGGAGCUUUUGAUUCGGUUUCCAUUGAAAUUAUGUAAGACAAUCUGCACAGAUGUGGACUUCCUGGAAUUUUAAAUAAUUUUUAUGUACAAUUUGUUGUCAGAAAAGCGAAUGAACUUCAACUUCCACAAAUAGUUGUAUAGGUCUGCCCCGAUGCUCAUGUCUCCGUUUCUUUACUUCAUAAUUUUUUUGUGAAAGAUAUUGACAUUUGUUUGGCAGGACAAUGUACGCUAAGACAGCUUACAGAUGACGGUGUGGUUACCGUAAAGGGUUCGCAGGCCGAAAACUUUCAAAGUCCAUUGCAAAAUCCCUUAGACAAGUUGUCUCCUUGGGUAAUUUGAAUUCUUGCCGAAUUGGUAGUGUUUACUCGAAAGCGGUUCCCAGCCCAAUUGUAACUUACUCUUUUGGGCAGAAACAUUAUCCAAUCUUGACCUUGUCUAAAAGGGUGCGCUUAUUUGGAGUUCGUAAACUAGAGAUCAGUUGAUUGAUCUUACGUGUGAUUAUUUGAUGGACCUGGUAUGUAUAGUCGAAUGUACUCAGCCUUUCUCUCAUAGCCUUCGUUGCCGAUGACGAAUUAAAAUAAUCAAACCAGUCAUGCAUUAUUUUUAUUGAAUCACUGGUUAUCAAAGCAUCUUGUGCUGCUAUCGCACCUAGGCCCAUAGCUCUCCUGAUUUCUUGUGAGACAGUAUUCAAUAAAUGCUGUAUCGCGUGUUUUACUUUUUGAAGCGUAGCAUCUUUGAGAUCUAAAUGGGUCAAUGUGAUUUUAUGGCAAAUCUUCAGGUCAUUUGGCUGGAGUUUCAACAACUCGACAACCGGCUUGGAGGAUAUCCAGUGUCUUAUUUCAUCUUCAUCGAUUAAAUCACCAGUAUCCAGGAAGUGAAUUCGAAUGAGUAUCAUGACAUGUGCAGGAUCUGCGAAAGGGAAAAUUUGAAACUGUGAAACAGGAUUUUUCACACCUGAUGUGAAGCUCUCGCCAAUGAGCCUGUUGGUGGGACCCAUGUCAAAAACAAUCGCAACAAAGUGAAAUCUAAUUUCGAUUAUGUCGUUUUUUUUAUCUGUAUUAUAGUGACUUUCAACACUUUUGGCUGGUUCGUCACUUUACUUCCAUUUUUGGAAGAAUGUCGGGAGUGAGAAUUGAACUCGUGACCUUUAGCGUGAGUGGUAUGAAUUUUACCACUACGCCUCCACGAUUAUGUUCGUUGUUUUAGUUGAUGUCAUACCAGUAUCAAAAUUGUAGUAGAUGGCUUGUUUCCAAUUUUUGUAUCAUCCACGGAUUAUUCCCACCUGGACGAACUUUGACGGUUUCGAAAUUUGGCUCCAGUGGUACUCAUACGCAGAUUCGACCUUUAUUUCAUCGAAUGAUAUUUUGCAAACCCGUUCUUUUUCGCAAUGUUCACUAGUUCCCAAUAGUCUCAGUACCUCCGUCAAAACACCUGAAAUAAGCUUAUACUUUCCUGCCCAAUUAUGGAGGGUCGAAACUAUAGGCAGAAGAAACCCUCGUGACAAGAGCCAUCGGUAUGCUUUGGCUCCAGCAACAUGUAGAGAAAUUGCACGAGAUAUAUCAUCAGAUGUCCAUUUUACCCGUUGAUGAUGAGAGUCUCUUAUUCAACUUUGUGACAGUUUACAUUUUUUCUAAACGAAUUUUGACGACCACUGAAUUAGUAUAUAUUACAAAUUACAAAUUCUCUAGUAAAUAACAGCAAUUCGUUAGUCAUUUUCGACCGUACUAAUUAUUCGUAUAUUUUACGCGAGUAAAUUGGCAAAUACAUGUGUCAAAUCAUGUACCCGAAUAUCGGCCCAACUUCGAUCCUGCUUUCGGGAUUUUGGGCCUACACCCAAUUUAUUGAAAUCGGGGUGCAUUCGUAUUAUUAUUGUAUUUUCAAUAAUUACGAUGAAAAAGGUUAUGUCUUGUUAAUUUAUUUCCAUCACAUAUAUGGGCUCUGGUUUAUGUUGGCACAUGAGUUGGCGGAUGAGUUCACUUUCUCGCUCGAAGGAUUUUUCUGCUGGAUGAUAGGCAAUUUUGUAAUUGAUAUCUGCGCUGGUAUUUUUGCCGAUGCCGCCUGGAGUUUUCUUAGCACAAGAAUUGUUCGUAAAAUUCGCUAAUUCAGCUGACCGGCUGAAGAAUUACUGAAGAAGUUUACAUAGCCGGCUCCCGGAAACUCUUUAAGUCAUCCUAGAAGGAAAAAAAGACAGAUUUGGUUUCGUUUCGUUCGCGGGAAUGAUAAGUACGCCCACAAUUUACCUAGUUUAAGUGAUAUGCCAAUGGUUUCACCAUCGAUGGGCGCAGGAAUGUAUUUUUUCGAGUUCAGUUCAGUUGAAUAAGUGCCAGUACAAACAUAUCUACUCCGUUUUGAAACACCGCUGCUACUUGGCGACAUAUUAUCGUUCUUUUUGAGGGCUGUAUUCUGUGUGGUCCUACAUUUCUUCAAACAAAAAAAGCUUCGCGACUUAAAAGAAAUAUACAAUUAUAAUUAUAAUUAAAACAAAACAAACUGCUUACCUCCGAAUUGCAUCGCUUCCACAAGAGAUAUGGCGAAUGCACAUACACACAGUUGCUAAGCAUGAAAAUACUCAAAGUUACUCAUGCUAUGAAGUAAAAUGUACGAAUCGUUGGUAGGGAUGUACAUUUGACAUUAGUUUCCCAAGGAUUUGGUAAUAUGUACAAAAAAUGUGUACAUUUUACCAAUGUUUCGAUUACUAAAGAUUUGGUAGCUGCACUUACUAAUGUUUUUCUCCAAUGUACUCACGUAUGCGUCGAAGAAUUAAUAUAUUGGGGUAUCCAUGAUAGUUAUCAUUCCGCAUUCCUAAAUUGAAAAUAUUGUAUGCAUUUUCACCAAACUCAACGCUCUGAACUUUGUGAAUUCAAUAAUAAUAAAACAGUACUCGAUCGAUUAUUUUCAGCCAUGCUCUAAGAUGGGUAGGAGAAAUGUGGUUAAAAGGAACAGGGUUGGUAAAAUGAAUCAGUGCUUAAGUUUCGAUAAUUUCACUAAACACAAUUGAUACUUCUUGAUUUUCCUAUUCUUAGUUGUUGUUGUUGUACAUGAAACUGUCAUAUGUUGUAAAUGAUGAAUGAAACCGAAAUUUCCCUCACGGUAAGCAUUCGAAUGUAAUUUUGCGCCCAUCGUGUUUAAGGAAUUUCCCGUGAAAUGUAUUCUAUACGACCUGAUAUCUUCGACAAAUCAGCAGUUUGAACGACUGUUCAUAUAUUCUAGAAGAGGAAACAGAUGUUUCGUUUGACUCCAGCGAUUAAUUCUCAAUAAUUAGUCAAACAAAUUUAGUCAUGAAACAACGUAUAAAUCUAUCCCAUUGAAAGACUGUAUCGAAAAAUCUUUCGCAACAUCCAUUUGUGAAUAAAAAUAAAACGCGAUUAUUAAUUCAACUUUUGUUUUUGGAUUAUUGAAGAUCAGUUCAAUGUGAAGCAAUAGUGUAGCUAGCAUAAGUCAAAAAAUUAUGCUCUAUAGAACUUUUGACGAAAGACCUUCAAUCAAAUUUUGCACAGUAGCGGUUGUGCAUUUCCUGGAUGCUGCUGCACAACUUUUUCUGGAUUCCUCUAUGGUUUGGGAAACUUUUCCCUCCUCCUUAAAGAUUUUUUUCACACGAAUUACUCGACGAAUUGGAUAUUAGAACCCAGCGCAAGUGUGCAUUCACCAUCGUCCACCUCCUACUUCGCCCAUUUCGUGUAGAAUGGCCCUGGAAGCGUUUUUGAAUUCUGUUUGAAGUAUGUUUCGUUAUCCAUCAGGUUGCACUAGUUGCUGUUAUCCGGUAGCCGUUUGAUAUCUUGAACAAAAAUUAGUUGAGCUAUAAUAUUUUUCUAAGGACGGGGAUUGUAGCGUCAUGUGGACGCUGUGAAUGGACAUAUUCCUUAGGGUGUUCACUUUACCUGCUUUUCCCCAUACGCAUAAAAAUUCACGAAAACCAAUCUCACUUAUCUGAGCCACAUUUCUAACCUCACUAAUUGUGAAUUGUUUUGAAUGAUGUGCGAAUGUGCAUGCAUACUAUUUACAGUUGCUGAAAAUGCUUCUGAACUAAAACUGUGGGCGGAAACUCCUUUCUAUUUCUUUCAUUUCGAUAAACCAAUAUUUGGCAUGGUUGUUUUUAGGUGCCCCGUACGACACAAAACAGGAAACGUCAUUCACUGCUUUGGGAAAAAAUGUUUAGGUGAAAUAUAAAAAUGCCAAUCAACUACUUGUCUAUUGGUAAGGGAUACUAAAUUUUGCUAACCUUCGAACAGUGUAUAUUGCAUAUUAUUCGUGAUGGAACCUUUGACGAACACUAAAACUAUACGCAAAAUGUGAUCAAGUAAUACUAUUCAUGAUCAUUUGACGGAAUAACAGCUUCAAUAUGAAUGGCAACACAAACUAGGCGAGCUGUCAUUCGGAUGCUCGAAUGAAGCCAACACACAACCGAGUUUCAGUUGCGAUCGUACCCACACAAACAGCCGAGCAUUCUCAAAACAGAAAUAGCCAUGUUUUUUAUCUCUGACACAAUCCAAAACCGUUCUUGCAAUAGUAACACUGAAGGCAAACAAAAGAAAUAAAACCAAAACGAUGUUUAGACUUUUCAGUUUGUUUACCGUCGGUCGCAAUCGGCGGCCGGCGAAACGUUUGGAGCAAAGACGCGUUCAACAUCUGGCAGUCGCGAUCGAAUACACAUUUGGCAGUAAAAUUGCAAUAGCAACACAUCAACCACCACGAAUCAAAAUUACAGUACACAAAAUUGUAUGUUUUUCAACCAAAACGGCAAACACAUACUUGGGCCACCACGUCCGAUCUAAAGUGCCUUCAAGAAAAAAAUAAUAAUAACAAAUAUAGAAUGUUGAUUUUUACAAAAAGAAAAGUAAAUAAAUAAGUUUUAUAUAUAAAAAAGAGAAUAAAAAAUAAAUAAAAACGGGCCCUUAAUAGACUUCUCGCCCCACCAAAAUGCACGACUGUUUGUGUGCGAUCCGGUGUUGUUUUUCUAAGUUGUUAAGUCAAUUUUCAAUCACGGCAAAAGUGAACAAAACCAUUCCAACUACAUGCAAUAGUCGAACCGGAUUUUUUGUUUCUCACACAAACACACACACAUUCAUACGAAAUCAGCAGGCAAAUCUUUAGAAAUAACACAACGUAUGCACUAUGACACUAAAAAAUGAAAAAAAAGUGAAAUAAGAGUGUAUGGUGAAAAAAAAAUCCAAAAUUAUAUUGUUACGUAUUAAAUAAACGUAAACAUGGAAUAAAUUAAUCCAAAAGUUGAUCAUUUAUGUGACUGCCGCAUUGGAGCAAAGCUCCACAUAUGCGACAGCUGAAAGAAACCAUAAUCUAAUUCAGAGAAUGCGGAACAGAUAAAUCCUUCAAAUAUAUAAAAAGUCGACAAGUGAAUAGUAAGUAGUAUUCAGUAAAUAAAGCAUACUAAAGAAAUAUUCAAACAAUCUACGAACACACGAAUCUAUUGAAAUAUCAUAAGCAAGCUACCAAUUCUACUCUCCAUUUGUAUCCAAACUGAUUGUUUUACCUUCUCCCCCAAAGCUCACCCCAAGGGCAGGAUGCACAUCCCAUAUAACAUGGAUAUCUCCGGUCUGCAAGGUUAAGAUUUUUCUUUUAGGAGACUCUUAGUUUCGCCUUAGAUCUCAUCAAACAGCAGUAAACGAGAACAAAGGUAUAAUUGACAACUGCAAAACACACCCACACACACAACAAAGCUACAGCAAAGCGUUACUGAUAAACAAGUAAACAGCGAAAGCAAAUUGAUUGAUUGUAUCUACCACGAACACACACUCAAAAAAAAUUAAAAGAAAAAUUUCCAAAAACUUAUCGAAAGCGGAUGAAUAAAGAAGAAAUUUUUAACUGUUCACGAAAAAACGAGCAAACAGAAUGAUUGUAACAGCAUUGUGAAAAUUUUCAUGGUAAAAAUCUAAUUUUAAGUAAACUUAUAUUGCCAUAUGCGAACGACAGAACCAACGCAGGGAUACUAAUUCGGAAGUGGAGUAGGAGUAUGAAGAAUUGAUUAAAACAUAAUUUUUAUUGUGUUAGAAAAAUCAACCCGAAAUGCAAAACAAUGUGUUACUCUAUUUGAUUGACUCUGAUGCAAUAAGUUACCAGAACCCAGCAAGAGAGCACUACACUCUUAGUUCAAUUUAGUAGGAAGUAAAGAAUGGAAGAAAAAGAUUUUGUUACAUUACGUUUGUUGAUCCUAUUAUUGCUUUCAUGUUUGUCUCAGUUUACUUGUAAUGAUAACGCAACGUAGUAUUGGAACCCAAUUUUGUUUUUUUUUUACUAAAUAUCAGAGAACAAAAUGUAUUGAAGAAUCGUCAACUCACCUGAUGCAAAAUAUGAAGAAAAAAAAAUUGAAGAAACACAUUCAUCCAUACUACUAAUAAUUAUCGAAUCAAAUUAUAUUCGAAGGAAGCUUGAUGUGAAACAAACAACUAGGUUUUCGUUUGAAAUGCAAGAAAAAAAAGAGUAUCACAAACGCAGCAAAAAUCCAAUAAUUAUUCAAAUCACAACUAUAAAAAUAAACUAAACAUGAAGAAAAUGCAAAUCCGAACCCGGUCCAGUGAGAUUUUGGAAGAGCGAACACUGCGCGUUGGGUCAAAAACUAUCUUUAGUAGAGUUAAGGGAGUGAACCUUUGAACACACGCCACAUGAAGAGUAGGGAGGACCGAACCUCGAGAGAUACAUUUUUUGAAAACUGAAGCAUAACGAUUUCGAACAAUCGACCCUGGGCCAUCUGAAGAACCCGAUUUCUCGUUCGAGCUAAUAUUCCUUGAAUUGAGCAGCGGAAGCAGCUGAAACACAUAAAAUUGAUAUAAACUUUUGGCAGACCAAAAACAAAGCUCCUCAUCAUGUCCUACUGGGGUUUGAGUGCGUUGCGAUUCAGAAUGAGUUAGAACAGAGCUGGAUUUUUGAUGAUUCCUAAAAAUGGCUCACGCGCCAGAUGCACGCUCGGACACUCGGUCUGCGGCCGGGACAACGGAACUACUUAUUUUUUGUAAUCUAAUUUUAAUCACACAAUCAAUCACACACAUAUGUAUUUAUUCUCUAUUUAAAACAAAUUAAUGAUGAAAUGAAAUAAACACAGACACAAACAGUAAAUAGUAUCAAAUAAUCAGAAGUAUUCAAAAAUUAUUUCUCAGCAGGGCAAAACCUACAGCAAAUGAAGAAAAAAAACAACAGUACUUAAACUCGAUAUCUAAAAGAAAACCAAACAGAAUUGCCAUAAAUUAUUUCAUUGAAAUACAUGCUUUUAUCGUAAAAAAGUUACAGCAAAACACAAACAGAUGAAAACAGAAACUGAAGCAAUUCCAACAUUCUGAUUUGAACUGGUUUUCCGUUUUUAUCAGUCUUAUCCAAAACAUGUUUUGGCACAAUUUGGCACAAUGAGUAUGCAUGACACUAACAUCUUUAGAAGACACAUAUAAUGAUGCAUAACUAGUAUUUUGUCGGCUCAGCCAAACUUCAAAUCAUAAGAAGCAAGAGAAGCAAAAAAAACACGAGCUGGGGCAAAUCUAGAAACAACGAAAUAUUUUCGGUACUUCUUGGGAAAUUUCAUUUCUAUUUUGUAAUACGUAACCACCAUAAUUGUUUUCCAUAAAAUGUUUUGUGAGACACACAAAUGCAUUAACGUUGCACGUGGGGGAACUAUCAACACGUUUAGACAGAGCUGCAAAUUGUCGUCACCACCAAGAGAUCCACUCGCGGGACGAAUGCUGCUACCGUGAGGAUGAGAAUGUGAAGCCGGAUAAAAAAGAAUAGAAUGAAAAUACGAAUACAAGCAAAGCAAAAUUACAACAACAACAACAAGAAAGCACAACAAAAAGAGAAUCCCACAAACAGCAAGCGUUUAUACUUUGUACGACAAACAAUAGACCAGAAGAUACCCGACGCCAUUACGAGGGGAUGCUGUUCACCAUAUGAUUUUGGUCCGAAACGUCAUGCUCGAGGCGGCGGGUACGCGUUUCAUACUUAUUUAAUCUCUUAGAUACUCCAACACAAACUUACUUGAGGGCGCAUCGUCAAAAUGCAAAUGCUCGCACGGGACUGCCCCCGUAACAUCUCAGCGGGCAAGACUUGGUCUGGAGUUAAGAUGUAAAUACUUAAACACAUCUUUAUUUACCGAUUUUCAUUUUUACGAACCGAAUACACACACACACAAAACUUCUCGGCGGAGGAUUUUUCUCACCGGGAAAUAUAUUUUUAAGUUGAAAUAGAAUAAAGUACCUAAAAAUAUUUGAAGCAAAAACCACAGAUAAUAGAGAAAAAAAAUCUUAAAACUACUCGGAAGUAAUGUAGUUGAAAAUCUUUUGCGAGAGAAGAAGAAACGUUUGUGCCAAAAUUUUAUGAAAAAAAAGAAACAAAAACAACAGUAAAUGCUGGUAAUAAUGACACGCUUGCGAGCAAAAUUGGAUUUAGUUUCGUACACCCAACCAUUUCGGAUUACCUGGAUUAGAAUUUUAUUUUGAUUUAGUACAUUGCAUAAUUUCCUCUACCAAUGAGUAGAUGUAUGUGCAACGCAUACACAAUAAUCACAUUGGAAUCAAAUGAACGAAUUGAAGAAACAGAAAAAUUGUAAGAACUUUUGGCGAUUUUUCAAUGCUCUCAACUUUUAUUUUCUCAAUUUGCAGCAUACACAAAGUGUUCCAAUCGGAUCUACUCAUAUUAAUGUGUCAAAUCUAUCGUAACAGAACAAAAUCAAGUAAAAAUAUUGCAAAACCAAAAUACAGUAACAGUUUGAAAGUAAAUAUAAUCAGUAAUACGUACAAUGUGUAUCACUAACAACAAUUACUACAUACGUGAAAUAGAACAAAUAAUAUUCGAUAUUGGAACUACUACUCUUACCAUCGCAAAUAAUAAAUAAACAGGAAACGGUUGAAAAUAAAACUCACACACAGAAAACAACAAUAGCAAACGGUUAAUUUUGUGCAACUCCAUCUCAUAUAAACGCUGAAGAGUGGUGUUCUUCCCUUGCACCGGCUGCUGAGAAGAAGAAGAACAGUGGAUGCACUCAGGAAAUUACUUUUGCGUGUGACGGCAAAUGGACCAAGAUCGGAAUUGGAAGCUGCGAGUUAGCGAAGCUCUCGCGAAUGUUUGAAUUUCGUUUCCAUCGUGCAACAAUGAUUUCACGGUCAUAUUUUCGAACAGAACCUGGCUUUUUGGGAAAAUUUGAUUGUCAGAUCAUUACCUUCGGGGGAACUCGGUGUGCUUCAAACAGAAAUCCUACUUGUUGAUCAACGGAAGUUAAACUUGAACCGAAGAAAAAUGAAUUUGAAUUUGACUGUACCAAUCUAUUGCCUAUCUGGUACUUCCUCCCUUCGGUUCGUUGGUCUUAAAACAAAUAGUUCAUAUAAAAUUGAAAAAAGACAAAUUAAAAAUUCCCAAAAUUUUGACAAGGAGCAUCAUACUUCUAACAGUCAGUCUCGUUCUAUCAAUGGAAGAUUGUAGCAUUUGACAGCUACACAAAAUCUAAAAUUCGAAUAAAAGUCUAUGGUAAUUAUCAAUCAGCCAUUCGAAGAACGAACUCUCCACUUAAUUUCUCGAUAUAACAGGAACAGGGUUGCCACAUUUAAUUCUGUAAAAUUUUCUGAAAAAAUCUGCAUAUCUGUAUUUUGAACAAAAAAUAUAUAUAUAAAAAAUCUGUAUCAAAAAAAAGCUAGCGAAAAAAAUUCAAUGAAAAUUAAUUUGAAUUUUCAUUUGAAUUAUUUUUUAUUUGUUGUCAAAGUCAUAUCAAUACAACAAAAUAAAUCAUAAAAAGGUUUUUUUUUAAAUCCUCUAAAUUGUAUGAUGUUUAUACAUGGUUUUGUUGAAUUUUGCCUUCAUGUUCUACCUUUUCAUUCUAACAAAUGAAAAAAUGGCAUAUGGUUCAACAUUUUUGUAUCUUCACUAGCUGACCCGGUGAACUUCGUACCGCUCAAAAUGAUUGUUUUGAUAUGAAUUCUUCAGAACAAAUUUCUAAACUUUUUCUCAUUAUAACAUUGUUCUAUGGGCAGAAUACAACAAAUAUAACAAAACAAAGACGGCUCAAAAGGGACAUUUCCUUCUUCGGAUUUUGCGAUUAGCAACACAUUUGGCCUUCCUUUUCUAUUUAUAUAGAUAGGAAUGCGUUAUUCCUGAAAAUCUGAAAAUCCAUUUCCACCUUCAAACAAAGAUCAGUUUCGUUAGCGCAAACAUCGAAUGGACUAACAACGCUCAUCACGAUGUAAUUUUCGAACAUAUGGGUAUUCAAUUUACCGAAUUUUCUGAACUUCCUUCAGAGUUUUCCGAAAAUUUUUCGAUUUUUCUAUCCGCUAUAUUGAUCUAUGGGCCAAGACAAAUACAACAAAAUAAAGACGACUCAAAUCGGACCAUUCCUUCUUCGGGUUUUGCACUUAGCAACACAUUUGGCAUUCCAUUUUCAUUUAUAUAGAUAUAGAAGAUAAAAGAUAUAGGAGUGAGUUAUUUCGCGUGAAAAUCCAUUUUCACUUUCAAACAAAGAUCAAUUUCAGUAGCGCAAACAUCGAAUGGACCGACAACGCUUGUUAUGAUGUAAUUUUAAAACAUAUGGAAAAUCAAUUUUCCGACCUUCCUUCAGAGUUUUCCGAAAAUUUUCCGAUUUUUCUCUUCAUAACAUUGAUAUACACAAUAUCAUCUUCAAGACCAUUCCUAAAUCAUCCCUCCAUUGAUUCUGACAACUGAUAAAUGCCUAUUAUCGGCAAAUUGGGAACAAUUCAUAAUACGCAUCUAAUCACAUUAUGAGCUAACGCCUAAUUGUAGGCAAAAAGAUUGCUCGCUGCGUUGUGGGGGAAAACGAGACUAGUAAAAUCGAAAAAAACAUACCCAAUUGAAUUGUCAAAUUGUUAACUUUUUUCACUAUAUUCAGCCAAACAAUUCUGGAUAAAUUAGCUGUCCAAUGGUAUAUAACACAACAUGUGUCGCAAUAACGAUUUUGGGUAAUAUGCGUUUGAAAACUAUCAAUGAAUCGUUACAUUUUUCGUAGAGUUACCCCCCUAUAUAGAAAUCAAAGACAUAGUACUAUGUCAAAAAAAUGCACUGUAAUAAAUUUAAUAUUGAAAUUUUUUUUUUCAAUACUCUGUAAAUUAUGUAUCUUUGUUGAAAAUCUUUAAUUCUGUAUAUACAGAUUCUGUAUGUCAAAUUUGGCGAAAAAUCUGUAAAAUACAGAAUAUUCUGUAUUUGUGGCAACCCUGGACAGGAAUAUCCACAAGAUUAAGGCAGUGGAUCUUUUUCCACCUGUCCAAGCGAAAGGGAACAACGAUUCCAAACCAAUCCAGCCAUUAGCACCCAAAAGUUCAAUACCACUCUCUGGCGUUUGACCUACUCAACACUAACAAUAGACAGGUUCACAAUAGUGCGGCCAAUUCCAGGCAACCAAACUCGGAACAAAAUUAGUCGCAGCACAAUUAUUCGGACGGUUUAAUUUUUCGGUACAACAAUAAAACUGGCAAACUUUUUGAACAAACAGUUUUCGGGAGAAACAACUUUCGGUCGAAUAUAUAUAUAUAUAUAUAUAUAUAUAUAUAUAUAUAUAUAUAUAUAUAUAUAUAUAUCUUUCUAACAUUUAGUUUUUUUCCCUUUACUCGGCUCUGUUGAAGUAGAUUUGAAUCCGUUAUGAGUGUUCGUUUGAGUUUUAUUACCACCGUUGGAUUUUUUUUAUUAAUGAACUUGAAGAGAAAAUAUGCAGAAAUAUUUCAAACAACAGGCUUCCUGUGAAGAUGGAAUGCAAAAACAAAAGGAAGAACAUCUGACAAAAGGUCAUAAUUGAGGUUAUGUUUUUGGAAAUUUUGAUAUCAAGCGCAGUUAUUGAGGAACAACAACAACCAAACACCAGUACCAAAACGAAAUAGUCAGGCUCGAAACAAUCAUUCAGAGAAAACCACACGUUGACUAAGUUCAUUUGGUUCAAGUUAUAUAAAAUGGUAGCGGGAAAAAUUCUGAACAUCGUGGAACACCAUAAAAUUUAGUGUAAAAUGAUUGCGCGCAAAAAUUACUUAGGAACAACUCGAGGCAAAGAAAUGAUGCAAAAAAAGGAAAAUAAACAAAAAUAAGAAAAAAAAACAAACGUUGUGAGUCAGUUUCGAAGAGUAACAUUGCAAUGACGAUUCAGCUUACCGUUCACUGGAAAACGUAACCUGCCCAACCAAAGUCACCACGGAAUAAUACUAUGAAACCAAGACUUUCUAUAGAUUUAAAAACUGUAAAAAAAAGAAGCUCAGAACCACUAUCACUGAAACGAGAAAAGCAAGUAUGGCAAAAGAGUAUUUUUGUAUUAAUAUUUUGUAAUCGUUAGUGUAUCAUAAAUUUAUAAGCGACCCAAAAUUGUAAAGCGUAUUCAGUCAAACCUGAAGAUAGAAGAAGAAUUAGAUAAAUAAAAAAUGUGAACAUAUUAUAAACUUUUGGCAGUAAUAACCUAAUUUAUACUAAACAAGAAAACAAAAACAAACAACGUACAUUUAGGCCCACAAAUCAUUGCAGACGUAACAAUAAGGACACCAGCGUCCAGGAAUCUAACCUAAUCAUUGUAAAUAAUCUAUCGAAUGUGGUAUAGGCAACCAUCGCAGAUGAUUGGGGUGACGGGUUUCAGUGUUCGGGGCAGAUCCUUCUGAGCAAUCGCUAAAUCCUUCUCACUGUAGAGAAACAACAUUAAACGAAUCGAAUAUUUCUCUAUAUAUUCUGCGUAAUACUUAUUAAUUUUAAAAACAAGAAGAGAUUUUUUUUCGAAAAUAAAAAAGAAAAAUACCCAACCAAACCAGAGAAUUAUACGAGAUGCAUGCAAAGAAUCGUAUCAUUAUUCGGAUUCUAAAAAACAUGUAAGAGCAAGAACAACACGGAACGCGUUAAUUUUAGGGGAAAACAUAUGCCGAAGUUUUGAUAAUAGGAUGAAAAACAAAACGUCAGAUGAUUAUGACCGUGUGAAAAACGUACAAAAAAGUGAAAAUAUUUUGCGUUUUAAACCGAUUUUUUUGUUUCAUUAAUUAAUUAAGUGAUGAUCUUAUUGUAUAAUGAAAAGAAAAAACCUACGACUAAAGCUGAAAUCUAGUAUAAAGUAAAUUUUGAGCGAAAAAGUUGAAAUAAACCUAAAUCACACGACAAGGAAAGACGAUUCUGUUGAACAAAGUAUCAUUAAACAAUAUAUAUAAGAACAUGAACAUACAAUUUUUACGUUUGAGAAUAUGUUUUCUCAAAAUUUCUAUCAAAAUUAUAAAUAAAAUUUAAGGGAAAUCCCAAAAAGCGAGAACAAACUACUUACACAAAAGAAGCAAAAACAGAGAAAAUUGUAAAAAAGUAAGAAAACUGUAAUAUAAUGGUCGAUUCCUAGAGAAAAAAAAAUUAAACAUAAAACCCAAAAUAAACACUAAAAACUACCUACAAGUGGUUGACGCACAUAAUAAAACCGUUUCAAACUAGAAGAAAGAACAAGCCAACAGAGAGCGCUGAAAAAGCAGAGACAACCAUACACACAGAAGAGGAGAAAAAAAAUCAAGCGAACGCAUACACACGCGAAUAACAAACAUGAGGAAGAAUGAAGAGCAAAUCGAUGAAAUAUUCCAAAAUGAGCAGAUCAGAAUCACUUUCGUCAUUCAAAAGACACUUACUGGAAAACGCAAAGAGCAACGUAAAAAAAAUGAGACAUGAAGAUCGAUGCGGAGAUUUGAGUACUUCGAUGCUGAGGAAAAUUAAUGUAACUAUGAACAUGAACAAAUCAUACGAAAAGAGAAUCUGGAGAACACAAGUAAGAAAACGCGAUAAAGCACAUAAUGGAAAAAAAAUCUACAUUUUGCAUAAACAAAAAGUAUAUUUAUGCUUAUUAUUUUAUCUCUGUAACAAAGCGUGUCAUUGUCCAUACAUGUUAUUAGAAGUUUCAACUGUUUGGUGUAAUAAAAAUUAAUAAAAAUGAAUAAAGAAAAUAAAAUUAUUAAUAAUACAGAUAUUUUA